AUGACUGACGGAGACCUAAAACUGAUCAAUAUUGUGUAUGGAGAGAACCAGAUCACCACAAACAGCCUUACCAAAUCGAACGUGGGAUUCAACCUGGAACAUGCCGGUGAAAGUUUCAACAAGUAAACCAAACCCCUUGUUGGUGUCCAUGUCUUCUGCCAAUGCAACCACUUCUUCCAUGAUUUUAAAUCUUCAACCAUUGGUACCAAUAUAAAAAGGUGUAGGAUUCUUGGAGUUGCAACGACGAGGGAUUUUGCUGCAUUGAGUUUGUGAGGUUUUAUGUGAGUAUGUGGACUUGGAUGGAAGCUUUGUUGUUGAGGUAAGAAUUGGCUCAAUGCAAGCGUCUCCACGAUAACUUUGGUUGGAUCCCAUCCCGAAUGGAUCAGAUCUCUAUAAAUGCCAAUAUGUCCCUGGGAAACCAUUGCACCACUAAGUUCAAUUCACGUGGGAAGCAUCGGGACAAUGAUUUGUAAAUCAUUUCUUAUGGUUUACGUGCAUUGCGUUAUAUUAUUACUAAAACACAAUGGUAUAGUUACAUAGCUGAAAAGAGACUUGCGUCCAUCAAGUUCAGCCUUCCUCACAUCUGUUUUUGCUUUUGAUCCAAAAGAAGGCAAAAAACCGAGUCUGAAGCGCUUCCAAUUUUGCAACAAACUAGGAAAAAAUUCCUUCUUGACCCCAAAAUAGCAGUCAGAUGUCUCAUUGGAUCAAGCAGCUAUUACCCCACUAAUUAGAAAUUAUAUCCCUGUAUGUUAUGUUUUUGUAAGUAUUUAUUCAAUUUCAGUUUAAACAUCUGUAUGGACUCUGACAAAACCACCUCUUCAGGCAGAGAAUUCCACAUCCUUAUUGUUCUUACUGUAAAAAAACCUUUUCUUUGCCUUAGAUGAAAUCUAAGAAUUGUUCAUUCUGGGAUUUAUUCACUUUUGCACCAAACUGCACAAUUCAUGCAAAAAAAAAAAAUUUGUUCCGCACUAUGUGAGUUAUAGAUGUGUCCGCAAAUUGACAGCACAAUAUUUGGAUUAAACUGUAUUUCCUACAAAGUUUAAUCUUGUCAUAUUUCAUUUAGCAGGUGACAUCUAAAAUCUAUCUCCUUGAAUCAAGAUGCUAUAACCCCACUAAUUAAAAACUGUAUUCCUCACAGCUUACCUAUUAGCCAAACACCGACUUUAGCAUACAUAGGCAGUUAACGGGCAACACUAACCCAAGUAAGGGACUAGUACCUAAUAAACAGGCGAAGCAUUCACGAACAAUAAUCCACACGCUUCGGAUGCAGCCUUUACAAGUGAUUCACCCCAGUAUUAAAAUCAACCGAGACUCCUCCAACUUUGGAGACCAUAGGGUCCACACUAGCGUGUAUCAAUGAAAACAAGAUCACUUAUCUCGAUCCGAGAAGUCGGUUAUAACGAAUAACACAACUACGACAAUAGGUACCCAGUAUACUGGACGUUUUGCCUUGUUAAAUAUAAUGCCAUUGAAAAACUUUGACAGACUGAACAAGCCAGUCACCAAUGUUUGAUGUAUUACAUGUUGUUAAAUAUUUUUGCCUUCCUUUACAAAUCAUAUAUGUAAUGCUAUGUUUGAUGCAGCAGCUUGUCCACAAGCCUUAUAUUGCUGAUAUACUGCAGUCUGUCAAUGCAAAAAUAAAGAAUAAAAAAAAAAAAAAGUGUCUCCCUGUAUGUUAUAUUUUUGCAAGUAUUUAUCCAAUUGCUGUUUAAACAUCUGUAUGGACUCUGCUAAAACCACCUCUUCAGGCAGAGAAUUCCACAUCCUUAUUGCUCUUACUGUAAAAUAAAAAACCUUUUCUUUGCCUUAGAUGAAAUCUCCUUUCUUCCAGCCUAAAUGUGUGACCUCGUGUCCUAUGUAUAGCCCUGUUUAUGAAUAGAUUUCCAGAUAAAGGUUUGUACUGGCCCCGAAUAUAUUUGUAUAAUGUUAUCAUAUCCCCUCUCAGGCGCUGUUUUUCCAAACUAAAGAGAUUUACAUUUUUAAAUCUUUCUUCAUAACUAAAAUGCUCCAUUCCUUUUAUCAGUUUUGUAGCUCGUCUCUGCACUUUUUCUAGUGCCAUAAUAUCUUUCUUUAGAAGAGGUGCCCAAAAUUGCACAGCAUGUUCAAGGUGUGGUCUUACCAGCGAUUUAUAAAGAGGCAAAAUUAUAUUUUCAUCCCGAGAAUUUAUGCUCCUAUUUAUACAUGACAAAACCUUACUGGCCUUAGCAACUGCAGAUUGAUAUUGCAUAUUGCUGCCUAAUUUGUUGUCUAUAACAAUUCCCAAAUCCUUCUCGUGUGUGGUUAUCCCUAAUUCACUACCAUUUAGGGUGUAAAUUGCUUGUGCAUUCUUAAUCCCGAAGUGCAUAACUUUGCAUUUCUCUAUAUUAAAUUUCAUCUGCCAUUUUAGUGCCCAGUCCCCCAAUCUGUCCAAAUCCCUCUGCAGCAAAGCAAUAUCCUGCUCAUAUUUUGUUACUUUUACAAAGUUUUGUGUCAUUUGCAAACACUGAUACAUGGCUUUCAAUGCCUAUUAUAUCAUUUAUAAACAUAUUAAAUAGAUCGCCACAGUUCUCCUGCCGGUGAUCAGUCUUCUUCAGUAGGGGUACGGUCUGACAGCCCAGAGAGUCUCCCCCUAUGCAGAUUAGGACCGCUCCAAAAGAGCAGUCUCAUGGCCGCAAUAGGUGUCCAUACUGCUGCCAGCAGGGGGACUGCCUGAACUGAUAGCCUGUCCCCCUGCUGGAGAAAAAAGUUUUAAAAAAAAUAAAAAAUUAUAUACUCACAUAACGUCAUAGUAAGUAUUUUUUUAUUAAUAUAAAAAUACACUUAAAGUAAAAUUACACACAUACACACUAUGAAAAAAUAUUUAAUAUGUAAUUUUAUUGUAACUUUUGAUAUUAAUAUAUAUUUAUAUCAAAAUACACUUAGCAUGAAAUUAUAUGUGUGUGUAUAUAUAAACGAAAUAUACAUAUGUCCAUAUACAUAAUUACAUAAAUAUACACGUAGACUUCAAAUAUAUAAAUAUGUAUACAUAUAUUUAAAUUCUACAUGCGUAUUUAUGUAAUAUUUUUACAUAAUUAAUUUUAUUGAUUACAAUUUGAGGGACCUGCCUGACAACCCAGGCUGAAAGUCCAGGGAAUUUAAUUUGCUAGCACUGUAUUUAACCCUAUAACUUUCUAUGACACCCUAAAACCUGCACAUGGGGGGCGGUACUGUUUUACUCAGGAGACUUCGCUGAACACAAAUAUUAGUGAUUCAAAACUGUAAAAUGUAUCACAACAAUUAUAUCAUCAGUGAAAUUUACCUUUUUUUGCACUUUUCACACACAAACGUCACUUAUACUGAUGAUAUUAUUGCGAUACGGUUUACGGUUUUGAAACACUAAUAUGUUCAGCAAAGUCUCCCGGGUAUAACAGUACCCCACCAUAUACAGGUUGUAUAGUGUUUUUGAAAGUUACAGGGUCAAAUAUAAGGUGUUUUUUUCACAUUGAAAUUUGCCAGAUUGGUUAGGUUGCCUUUGAGAGCGUAUGGUAUCCCAGGAAUGAAAAAAGAAGACAACCCAAGGUAUUGCAAAUAGGGUAUGUCCAGUCUUUUUUACUUUUUACUAGCCACUUAGUUACAAACACUGGCCAAAGUUAGCGUUAAAAUAUAUGGUUUGAUGGGGGUAAAUUACAUUGGCCGGCUUAAAAAAUGUCCCAAAUAGGACAUGGGUAGAUGAUGACCAGCUGUAAAAAUUCCAAGUUGGAAAACUGGAAUGCGCACCCUUCAAAUAAGGUAUUUUAGCCCCCAGAGAACCCGACACACCUAUACAUGGGGGUUAUAACUGUACUCAGGAGAUGUUGCUGAACACAUAUUGGGCUUUGGCAGUAACCCUUAAAGUUCUCAGUACAUGUAUUGCUAUGCUAUGUGUGUCAACAAAAUCUUUUUUUUUUUUUACAUAGAUUAGUGGUAAAAUGGCUGCAUGAAAAGAGUCAAAAUACCCAAGUUUAAUACCUUAGGUUGUCUUCUUUUAAAAAAAAAAAAAUAUAUAAAUAUAUAUAUAUAUAUAUAUAUAUACACAUACACAUACACAUACAUAUGAAGGGUUAUUCAGGGAUUCCUGACAGAUAUCAGUGUUACAAUGUAACUUGCGUUAAUUUUAAAAAAAGUGGUUUGGAAAUGGCAAAGUGCUACUUGUACUUAUUGCCCUAUAACUUUCCUAAGAAAGCUAAGAACAUGUUAACAUUGGGCAUUUUUUUAAACUCAGGACAAAAUUUAGAAACUAUUUAGCACGGGUGUUUUUUGGCGGUUGUAGAUGCGUAACAGAUUUUGGGAGUCAAAGUUUUGAAAAGUGUGUUUGUACAUUUUUUUUAUUGUAAAUUAUAUGACUUGAUGAAAAUAAUGGUAUCUUUAGAAAGACCAUUUAAUGGUAUAAAAAUGGUAUAUAAUAUGUGUGGGUACAGUAAAUGAGUUACAGGAAAAUUACAUCUAAACACAAACACCGCAGAAAUGGAAAAAGUGCCCUGGUCCCAAAAGGUAAGAAAAUUGAAAAGAGGUCUGUCACUAAGAGGUUAAACGCCUUGGCAAAAUCCAAGUAGAUCACAUCCACUGCAACACCCUGAUCUACGAUAUUCUAAUUUUUCACGUAUCACCUGUACACUUCUAUUUACCUCUUCGUAGAAAACAAUUAGGUUAAUUUGACAUGACCUGUUGCUUCAUAAAACCAUGCUGAUUAUUGCUAAUAAAGUUCUUCCCAAUAAAUUCUUGAAUGUUAUCCCUUAAUAGCCCUUCAAAUAUUUUCCCAGUCACAGACGUUAAGCUCACAGGUCUACAAUUUCCAAGAAAAUAUUUUGACCCCCUUUUUUUUUCGUCCAAUAGGUUCACAAUCUGGUGAUAUGAUGGGUUAACACUCCAAUAGGCUCACAGUCUGUUGAUAUGAUGGGUGAUCCCUCUAAUAGGCUCACAUUCUGGUGAUAUGAUGGGAGACCCGUCCAAUAGGCUCACAGUCUGGUGAUAUGAUGGGUGAUCCCUCCAAUAGGCUCACAGUCUGGUGAUAUGAUGGGUGAUCCCUCCAAUAGGCUCACAUUCUGGUGAUAUGAUGGGAGACCCGUCCAAUAGGCUCACAGUCUGGUGAUAUGAUGGGUGAUCCCUCCAAUAGGCUCACAUUCUGGUGAUAUGAUGGGAGAUCUUUCCAAUAGGCUCACAGUCUGGUGAUAUGAUGGGUGAUCCCUCCAAUAGGCUCACAAUCUGGUAAUAUGAUGGGAGACCCGUCCAAUAGGCUCACAUUCUGGUGAUAUGAUGGGAGACCUGUCCAAUAGGCUCACAGUCUGGUGAUAUGAUGGGUGAUCCCUCCAAUAGGCUCACAUUCUGGUGAUAUGAUGGGAGACCCGUCCAAUAGGCUCACAGUCUGGUGAUAUGAUGGGUGAUCCCUCCAAUAGGCUCACAUUCUGGUGAUAUGAUGGGAGAUCUUUCCAAUAGGCUCACAGUCUGGUGAUAUGAUGGGUGAUCCCUCCAAUAGGCUCACAAUCUGGUAAUAUGAUGGGAGACCCGUCCAAUAGGCUCACAUUCUGGUGAUAUGAUGGGAGACCCGUCCAAUAGGCUCACAUUCUGGUGAUAUGAUGGGAGAUCUUUCCAAUAGGCUCACAGUCUGGUGAUAUGAUGGGUGAUCCCUCCAUUAGGCUCACAAUCUGGUAAUAUGAUGGGAGACCCGUCCAAUAGGCUCACAUUCUGGUGAUAUGAUGGGAGAUUCAUCCAAUAAGCUCCUAAUUUAGUGAUAUAAAGGUGACCUGGUUGCAGUGAGAAAGCACUGAUUCAAAACCAAUAAAUGUGAAAAAAGGCACUCCAUUAUAAAUAUAGUAAUCAUUUCAUAUCAUUGAAGUGGUUAUAGUUCCUGGAGUCCCCUUGCGUUGUCCCCCCCAUUCCGUAUUAAAACCAUUUUAGAUCGGCCUAACUCUGAAUGAGGGACCCUGACUUCCCAUAGCUCCACCCACUGGAGAUGUGGCUAAGGCAGAGAUUCAUAUCAGCAAUGGGCCCUGACACUCUCAGCCAAUCACAGCUGCCAAUUGGUGCUAAUUCUUCCUCAUUAUCCCAAGCAGUACAAAGGGGAGGGGCUGCUGGGGACGCGUUUAGUGAUAAAACAUUAAACCGGUUUAAAUGCUAAAUGGUUGGACAGCGCCAGGGGAUUCCUGACACUAUAACCACUUUAUUAGGCAAGAGAUACAGGGGAUUCCUGACACUAUAACCACUUUAUUAGGCAAGAGAUAUAGGGAAUUCCUGACACUAUAACCACUUUAUUAGGCAAGAGAUACAGGGGAUUCCUGACACUAUAACCACUUUAUUAGGUAAGAGAUACCGGGGAUUCCUGACACUAUAACCACUUUAUUAGGUAAGAGAUACAGGGGAUUCCUGACACUAUAACCACUUUAUUAGGCAAGAGAUACAGGGGAUUCCUGACACUAUAACCGCUUUAUUAGGUAAGAGAUACAGGGGAUUCCUGACACUAUAACCACUUUAUAAGGCAAGAGAUACAGGGGAUUCCUGACACUAUAACCACUUUAUUAGGCAAGAAUUCCUGACACUAUAACCACUUUAUUAGCCAAGAGAUACAGGGGAUUCAAGACACUAUAACCACUUUAUUAGGCAAGAGAUACAGGGGAUUCCUGACACUAUAACCACUUUAUUAGGCAAGGAUUCCUGACACUAUAACCACUUUAUUAGCCAAGAGAUACAGGGGAUUCCUGACACUAUAACCACUUUAUUAGGCAAGGAUUCCUGACACUAUAACCACUUUAUUAGGCAAGAGAUACAGGGAAUUCCUGACACUAUAACCACUUUAUUAGGCAAGAGAUACAGGGGAUUCCUGACACUAUAACCACUUUAUAAGGUAAGAGAUACCGGGGAUUCCUGACACUAUAACCACUUUAUUAGGCAAGAGAUACAGGGGAUUCCUGACACUAUAACCACUUUAUUAGGCAAGGAUUCCUGACACUAUAACCACUUUAUUAGGCAAGAGAUAUAGGGGAUUCCUGACACUAUAACCACUUUAUUAGGCAAGAGAUAUAGGGGAUUCCUGACACUAUAACCACUUUAUUAGGCAAGAGAUACCGGGGAUUCCUGACACUAUAACCACUUUAUUAGGCAAGAGAUACAGGGAAUUCCUGACACUAUAGCCACUUUAUUAGGCAAGGAUUCCUGACACUAUAACCACUUUAUUAGGCAAGAGAUACAGGGGAUUCCUGACACUAUAACCACUUUAUUAGGCAAGGAUUCCUGACACUAUAACCACUUUAUUAGCCAAGAGAUACAGGGGAUUCCUGACACUAUAACCACUUUAUUAGGCAAGGAUUCCUGACACUAUAACCACUUUAUUAGGCAAGAGAUACAGGGGAUUCCUGACACUAUAACCACUUUAUUAGGCAAGAGAUACAGGGGAUUCCUGACACUAUAACCACUUUAUUAGGUAAGAGAUACAGGGGAUUCCUGACACUAUAACCACUUUAUUAGGUAAGAGAUACCGGGGAUUCCUGACACUAUAACCACUUUAUUAGCCAAGAGAUACAGGGGAUUCCUGACACUAUAACCACUUUAUUAGGCAAGAGAUACAGGGGAUUCCUGACACUAUAACCACUUUAUUAGGCAAGGAUUCCUGACACUAUAACCACUUUAUUAGGCAAAAGAUACAGAGGAUUCCUGACACUAUAACCACUUUAUUAGGCAAGAGACACAGGGGAUUCCUGACACUAUAACCACUUUAUUAGGCAAGAGACAUAGGGAAUUCCUGCCACUAUAACCACUUUAUUAGGCAAGAGAUACAGGGGAUUCCUGACACUAUAACCACUUUAUUAGGCAAGAGACACAGGGGAUUCCUGACACUAUAACCACUUUAUUAGGCAAGAGACACAGGGGAUUCCUGACACUAUAACCACUUUAUUAGGCAAGAGACACAGGGGAUUCCUGACACUAUAGCCACUUUAUUAGGCAAGAGACACAGGGGAUUCCUGACACUAUAACCACUUUAUUAAGCAAGAGAUACAGGGGAUUCCUGACACUAUAACCACUUUAUUAGGCAAGAUAUACCGAGGAUUCCUGACACUAUAACCACUUUAUUAGGCAAGAGACACAGGGGAUUCCUGACACUAUAACCACUUUAUUAGGCAAGAGACACAGGGGAUUCCUGACACUAUAACCACUUUAUUAGGCAAGAGACACAGGGGAUUCCUGACACUAUAACCACUUUAUUAGGCAAGAGACACAGGGGAUUCCUGACACUAUAACCACUUUAUUAGGCAAGAGAUACAGUGUAUAAUAAUACAAUCUGCCGCAGCAACCCCAAGAGUCUGUUCUUCAGAAAACAACCACCAAAAAUUGAAAGAAUAUAUCGCGGUGUUAAAAUAAAAAUCACCCAGCAAUUUAAAAUGUCUAAUAAUAAUAAUAAUAAAUAUCCACUAAACAGUGAUUACGCCAGUGUAACAAUAAUAUAAAACUCACGGCGGUGAUUAAUUUAAUUACACUGUGAUGUGUCGAAUACCACGGGCUCAGCUAGUGCAGCCAGUAUGUUACCAUUUACAGGGAGUGCAGAAUUAUUAGGCAAAUGAGUAUUUUGACCACAUCAUCCUCUUUAUGCAUGUUGUCUUACUCCAAGCUGUAUAGGCUCGAAAGCCUACUACCAAUUAAGCAUAUUAGGUGAUGUGCAUCUCUGUAAUGAGAAGGGGUGUGGUCUAAUGACAUCAACACCCUAUAUCAGGUGUGCAUAAUUAUUAGGCAACUUCCUUUCCUUUGGCAAAAUGGGUCAAAAGAAGGACUUGACAGGCUCAGAAAAGUCAAAAAUAGUGAGAUAUCUUGCAGAGGGAUGCAGCACUCUUAAAAUUGCAAAGCUUCUGAAGCGUGAUCAUCGAACAAUCAAGCGUUUCAUUCAAAAUAGUCAACAGGGUCGCAAGAAGCGUGUGGAAAAACCAAGGCGCAAAAUAACUGCCCAUGAACUGAGAAAAGUCAAGCGUGCAGCUGCCACGAUGCCACUUGCCACCAGUUUGUCCAUAUUUCAGAGCUGCAACAUCACUGGAGUGCCCAAAAGCACAAGGUGUGCAAUACUCAGAGACAUGGCCAAGGUAAGAAAGGCUGAAAGACGACCACCACUGAACAAGACACACAAGCUGAAACGUCAAGACUGGGCCAAGAAAUAUCUCAAGACUGAUUUUUCUAAGGUUUUAUGGACUGAUGAAAUGAGAGUGAGUCUUGAUGGGCCAGAUGGAUGGGCCCGUGGCUGGAUUGAUAAAGGGCAGAGAGCUCCAGUCCGACUCAGACGCCAGCAAGGUGGAGGUGGAGUACUGGUUUGGGCUGGUAUCAUCAAAGAUGAGCUUGUGGGGCCUUUUUGGGUUGAGGAAGGAGUCAAGCUCAACUCCCAGUCCUACUGCCAGUUCCUGGAAGACACCUUCUUCAAGCAGUGGUACAGGAAGAAGUCUGCAUCCUUCAAGAAAAACAUGAUUUUCAUGCAGGACAAUGCUCCAUCACACGCGUCCAAGUACUCCACAGCGUGGCUGGCAAGAAAGGGUAUAAAAGAAGAAAAUCUAAUGACAUGGCCUCCUUGUUCACCUGAUCUGAACCCCAUUGAGAACCUGUGGUCCAUCAUCAAAUGUGAGAUUUACAAGGAGGGAAAACAGUACACCUCUCUGAACAGUGUCUGGGAGGCUGUGGUUGCUGCUGCACGCAAUGUUGAUGGUGAACAGAUCAAAACACUGACAGAAUCCAUGGAUGGCAGGCUUUUGAGUGUCCUUGCAAAGAAAGGUGGCUAUAUUGGUCACUGAUUUGUUUUUGUUUUGUUUUUGAAUGUCAGAAAUGUAUAUUUGUGAAUGUUGAGAUGUUAUAUUGGUUUCACUGGUAAUAAUAAAUAAUUGAAAUGGGUAUAUAUUUGUUUUUUGUUAAGUUGCCUAAUAAUUAUGCACAGUAAUAGUCACCUGCACACACAGAUAUCCCCCUAACAUAGCUAUAACUAAAAACAAACUAAAAACUACUUCCAAAAAUAUUCAGCUUUGAUAUUAAUGAGUUUUUUGGGUUCAUUGAGAACAUGGUUGUUGUUCAAUAAUAAAAUUAAUCCUCAAAAAUACAACUUGCCUAAUAAUUCUGCACUCCCUGUAUAUCUUAAUUUGCUAUCACUCAGAGUUUGUAGCAACUCCGAAUGUUUAGGUCAAUACGGCCUAAUGAGAAAACUCGCUGUCAGCCGUGUUUUCAGUUUUGUCAGCCCACGAGUUUGAAAUUCUUGGAAUUCCCAGUAAUCCACAUUUUAGUAAGUCAGCCCUCGCUGGGGUCAGUUCAUUCUACAGAACAGACCCCCCUCCAAAUACAGAACAGACCCCCCUCCAAUACAGAACAGACCCCCCCCCUCCAAUACAGAGCGAUCCCCUCCAAUACUGAGCAGACCCCUCCAAUACAUUGCAGACCCCUCCAAAUACAGAGCUAUCCCCUCCAAAUACAGAGCGAUCCCCUCCAAAUACAGAGCAGACCCCUCCAAUACCGAGCUGACGCCUCCAAUACAGAGCUAUCCCCUCCAAUACAGAGCGAUCCCCUCCAAUACCGAGCUGACGCCUCCAAUACAGAGCGACCCCCUCCAAUACAGAGCGACCCCCUCCAAUACAGAGCGAUCCCCUCCAAUACAGAGCGAUCCCCUCCAAUACAGAACAGACGCCUCCAAUACAUUGCAGACCCCCUCCAAUACAGAGCGACCCCCUCCAAUACAGAGCGAUCCCCUCCAAUACAGAACAGACCCCCCUCCAAUACAGAACAGACCCCUCCAAUACAGAGCAAUCCCCUCCAAUACAGAACAGACGCCACCAAUACAUACAGAGCAAUCCCCUCCAAUACAGAACAGACGCCACCAAUACAUUGCAGACCCCUCCAAUACUAAGCGAUCCUCUCCAAUACAGAGCGAUCCCCUCCAAUACAGAGCGAUCCCCUCCAAUACAGAGCGAUCCCCCUCCAAUACAGAGCGAUCCCCUCCAAUACAGAGCUAUCCCCUCCAAUACAGAGCGAUCCCCUCCAAUACAGAGCGAUCCCCCUCCAAUACAGAGCUAUCCCUCAAUACAGAGCAGACCCUGCAAUACAGAGCGAUCCCAAAUACAGAGCAGACCUGCAAUACAGAGCCAUCCCCGCAACACAGAGAUCCCUCCAAUACAGAGCGAACCCUCCAAUACAGAGCGUAUCCCCAAUACAGAGCCAUCCCUCCAAUACAGAGAUCCCCUCCAAUACAGAGCGAUCCUCCAAUACAGAGCCAUCCCUCCAAUACAGAGCAGACCUCCAUACAGAGCAGACCUCCACAGAGCAGACCCUCCAAUACAGAGCAGACUCCAUACAGAGCCAUCCCUCCACACAGAGCAGAUCCUCCAAUACAGAGCAGAUCCUCCAUACAGAGCAGAUCCUCCAUUACAGAGCAGACCCCUCCACACAGAGCAGACCCUCCAAUACAGAGCGAUCCCUCCAAUACAGAGCAGACCCUCCAAUGCAAGCAGACCCUCCAAUACAGAGCUAUCCCUCCAAUACAGAGCUAUCCUCCAAUACAGGCUAUCCCUCCACACAGAGCUAUUCCUCCAAUACAGAGUUAUCCUCCAAACAGAGUAGACCCUCCAAACAUUGCAGACCCUCCAAUACAGAGCUAUCCCUCCAAUACAGAACGAUCCUCCAAUACAGAGCGAUCCUCCACACAGAGCCAUCCCUCCAAUACUGAGCAGACCCUCCAAUACAGAGCUGACCCCCCCCAAUACAGAGCUGACCCCCUCCAAUACAGAGCGACCCCCUCCAAUACAGAGCGACCCCCUCCAAUACAGAGCAGACCCCUCCAAUACAGAGCAGACCCCUCCAAUACAGAACAGACCCCUCCAAUACAGAGCGAUCCCCUCCAUUACUUUGCAGACCCCUCCAAUACACAGCAAUCCCCUCCAAUACUGAGCGAUCCUCUCCAAUACAGAGCAGACCCCCUCCAAUACAGAGCAGACCCCUCCAAUACAGAGCGAUCCCUCCAUUACAGAGCGAUCCCCUCCAAUACAGAGCAGACCCUCCAAUACAGAGCAGAUCCCCUCCAAUACAGAGCAGAUCCUCCAUUACAGAGUACCUCCAAUACAGAGCAGACCCUCCAAUACAGAGCAGACCUCCAAUACAGAGCGAUCCCUCCAAUACAGAGCAGACCCUCCAAUGCAGAGCAGACCCUCCAAUACAGAGCAUCCCCUCAAUACAGAGCUAUCCCCUCCAAUACAGGCUAUCCCCUCCAAUACAGAGCUAUCCCUCCAAUACAGAGCGAUCCCCUCAAUACAGAGCAGACCCUCAAUACAUUGCAGACCCCUCCAAUACAGAGCUAUCCCCUCCAAUACAGAGCGAUCCCCUCCAAUACAGAGCGACCCCUCCAAUACAGAGCGACCCCUCCAAUACAGAGCUAUCCCCUCAAUACAGAGCAGACCCUCCAAACAGAGCUAUCCUCCACACAGGCUGACCUCCAAUACAGAGCUGACCCUCCAAUACAGAGCUGACCCCUCCAAUACAGCCCACCCUCCAAUACAGAGACCUCCAAUACAGAGCAGACCCUCCAAUACAGAGCAGACCUCCAAUACAGAACAGACCCAAUACAGAGUGAUCCCUCCAUUACUUUGAGACCCUCCAAUACACAGCAACUCCAAACUGAGACCACAGAGAUCCCUCCAAUACAGAGCAGACCCUCCAAACAGAGCGACACCCAUUACAGAGGAUCCCUCCAAUACAGAGCCAUCCUCCACACAGAGCUGAUCCUCCCAACAGACGACCCUCCACCAGAGCUAUCCCCUCAAUACAGAGCUAUCCCCCCUCAAUACAGAGCUAUCCCCCUCAAUACAAGGCGAUCCCCUCCCAAUGCACAGAGUGAUCCCCUCCAAUACAGAGUGAUCCCCCUCCAAUACAGAGCGAUCCCCUCCAAUACAGAGCGAUCCCCUCCAAUACAGAGCAGACCCCUGCAAUACAGAGCGAUCCCCCUCCAAUACAGAGCGAUCCCCUCCAAUACAGAGUUAUCCCCUCCAACACAGAGCGACCCCCUCCAAUACAGAGCGAUCCCCUCCAUUACAGAGCGACCCCCUCCAAUACAGAGCAGACCCCUCCAAUACAGAGCGAUCCCCUCCAUUACAGAGCUAUCCCCUCAAAUACAGAGGGAUCCCCUCCAAUACAGAACAGACGCCACCAAUACAUUGCAGACCCUUCCAAUACAGAGCUAUCCCCUCCAAUACAGAGCAGAUCCUCUCCAAUACAGAGCGAUCCCCUCCAAUACAGAGCAGAUCCCCUCCAUUACAGAGCGAUCCCCUCCAAUACAGAGCGAUCCCCUCCAAUACAGAGUUAUCCCCUCCAACACAGAGCGACCCCCUCCAAUACAGAGCGACCCCCUCCAAUACAGAGCAGACCCCUCCAAUACAGAGCGAUCCCCUCCAUUACAGAGCUAUCCCCUCAAAUACAGAGGGAUCCCCUCCAAUACAGAACAGACGCCACCAAUACAUUGCAGACCCUUCCAAUACAGAGCGAUCCUCUCCAAUACAGAACGAUCCCCUCCAAUACAGAGCAGAUCCUCUCCAAUACAGAGCGAUCCCCUCCAAUACAGAGCAGAUCCCCUCCAUUACAGAGUGAUCCCCUCCAAUACAGAGCAGACCCCCUUCAAUACAGAGCGAUCCCCUCCAAUACAGAGCUGACCCCUCCAAUACAGUUAUCCCUUCCAUUACAGAGCAGACCCCUCCAAUACAGAGCAGACCCCCAUGUCAGAAUGGAGCCCCUUCCUAUUUUAACCUCCUCCCUCUAAGAAAGGCUGGGGCCCCUCCCGGUUUCACCAAUCCCUUCCCACUAUCACAGGCUGGGGCCCCCUCCCAUUACAGCUUCCCCCGUGCGGCCCCUCCCAGCCAGGCUGACUGCAGUGAGGGAGGCGGCUCAGGGCUGAGAGAUACAGAGUAUCCGUCCGAGAGGACAAACCCACAGCCCACGGAUACAUAAUUAUAUAUAUAUAUAUAUAUAUAUACAUAUACACACACACACACAGCUCUCGACAGAGCCUCUGCAGGACAGACAGACAGACGUUUGCGGUCGUUGACACUGAGCAUUAGGUGAGUCCAUGUUUUACAUUACUGUUAUCGAUUUAACUUCCGUCUCCAAAUAUCUGCUCACUUACCUGCCACGCCUCCCCCCCCCCACUUUUUGCUCAUGUUUGGGAUGUGGGGGGUAUAUGACUAAGAAUGUGUUAAUCUCUUCACGGCUGGCAUGGACAGUCUGACAUUUAAAGGGUUACACGUGUGCUGACUUUAGUUAAAUGAACUAGGUGGGGUCGUAUGUAAAUCAGCGGCAUGUUGAGACCCUCUGAAUAAAAAGUUUUACAUGGGAUGGGCGUCACUGCAUGCAGAUAAGGCAUUUAACCUGUUCAUUGCCAGCAAUAAUUACUGCAUGUCAGCCUGCACAGGCCCAGACUGGGGUCAGGGAUGGUUAAUUACCCAGAACCCUCUGUGUGCCUUGGCUGGAGUCCAUAUUAAGUGGAUUCAUUUCCACAUUAUGGUGAAACGCUGAUAAGCGGAUUGUGAUGCCUUUUUGUAUAUUAACAGAUCAACUUGGUAACUGUUCCAGGCUUGUGUAUUUAAAGGGUUAAUACCAUAGACUUCCAUUUUGCAUUCCUCCAUAAUAUCCCGGAUCUGGCAGAACAGUCUCGAUUUGGGACCCAAGGGCCAGGGGGCAAGUUACCCUAAAGUCGUGCCUCUGGGGUAAUUUGUACAGAACUGUGUAUGUUUGUAUAUCUGGGGGUAGAUGCAGUGCAUAGAUCUGAACGUGGGGAGGAGGAUGUGUGCAAGGUGUGUACAUGCUGUGUGCAUCUGGUGCAGGUAAGCGUACAUGCUGUGUGGGCACCUGGUGCAGGUAAGCGUACAUGCUGUGUGGGCACCUGGUGCAGGUAAGAGUACAUGCUGUGUGGGCACCUGGUGCAGGUAAGCGUACAUGCUGUGUGGGCACCUGGUGCAGGUAAGCGUACAUGCUGUGUGGGCGCCUGGUGCAGGUAAGCGUACAUGCUGUGUGGGCGCCUGGUGCAGGUAAGCGUACAUGCUGUGUGGGCGCCUGGUGCAGGUAAGCGUACAUGCUGUGUGGGCACCUGGUGCAGGUAAGCGUACAUGCUGUGUGGGCGCCUGGUGCAGGUAAGCGUACAUGCUGUGUGGGCGCCUGGUGCAGGUAAGCGUACAUGCUGUGUGGGCACCUGGUGCAGGUAAGCGUACAUGCUGUGUGGGCGCCUGGUGCAGGUAAGCGUACAUGCUGUGUGGGCACCUGGUGCAGGUAAGCGUACAUGCUGUGUGGGCACCUGGUGCAGGUAAGAGUACAUGCUGUGUGGGCGCCUGGUGCAGGUAAGCGUACAUGCUGUGUGUGUGUUUGUUUGCGCCCACGCUGUGUAUUGUCGUUUAUUCAGUUAAAUCUGAUUAGUUGCUGAGCUCGGAGUUGCCAUAAAGGAUGAUGGGACAUGGAGUCAGUACUUUGCCGUUCUGGUAUAAUGUAACUGGUUUUUGUAGUUUCUGUAGUUCCCUGCGCAAUGCAUAUCUGUACCAUUGAUACCCAGUGUGUUAAUGUUAAUGUGAACAUAAUGUUCAGAUCAUGUGGAUCACUUUCAGGGGGUCGAAAAUUCACUCGGUGCAAAUAACACAAAUUACUUACCGGCAGAUCUUUCCUUCCCCCCUCCCCCCCCCACAACAUGGCGCACGGAUUGGACAGACUGGUCGUGCCUUUAAUUCCUAUAAAGGAUUUGUCAUAUGUUGUAUUAAUAGUCAUUAUUAUUAUUAUUAUUAUUAUAAUUAUUAUUUAUAACAAUAAUUAUCGUAAUGAAGACAUGGCACCUGGUUUGUGUCGUUCGGCUGUGCUGAUGGUGUGUUAAAAGAAGGGGGAGAUGGCCAUAUUUAUAGUGAAAUGAACUUCCGUCUUGUUAGUUUGGACGCACAAUGUGUAGACACAAGUCACUGUCUGUAUCUGCACUGAUCCCAAAAGCUUGCAAUUUAAUAUUAAAGUCCAUUCACAACCUGGAAAUGAAUAUUCCUCUCCUCUGUGGUCAAGCUGGGGGUAAAACAAUUUAUAUUAAUCACAUGUAAUGUUCACACGCUAUUUACCAUGUGACGCGCCUUUGGCUAUGGGUUUGAUGUAUGUGGACGGGAUUUGGUCUCGUGAUUCCCUCUCUCUGCUAUUCCCAAGGCAGUGCCCGUACAUGGCGAUAUUGGCUGUGCGUUCCAUCAUGGCUGGCCUAUAAAAUGUCCAAAUUGGUUUACAAAAUCCCCUGGAGUUUGAGGUCUGCAUUUAUUCAAUGAGGGGGUUUGACUGCACUGAUCCGGAAGUUAUUCUUGUGAUAAAUUCAGCUUUGUGGGGUAAGUGCUCUCUCCACGGCCCUAUUUACAAACUGAAUAUUCAAAAGGUGAAGUGUAAAACCGUCAUACUGCGCUGUCCACUUAUUCUGCUCGUCCGAUGUAAUGAGUCGAGUUCACCUACCUUUCCCAUAAACCUCUGCUUUGAUUGGGUGACUCACUUCCUGGUCUGGGCGCCGCGCUCCGCUGCUCACUGUGCCGGUUUAUUGGCAGCAGCCGCACAAUUUGUAUGGUGAACGGUCACUUCUCUGGGAUUUACACCAUUAAAUAAACCCUCGAAAACUUCCCAGAGCUCGUCUUAUCCAUAGGAUCACGUGAUGCUUUGUUACUAUUGAAGGCGCACGCCAGCAUUACAGAAAACACAAAACUUUAUUUAUAACGCUGGAAUGUUUAAAAUUCCAUUUAGAUUACUGGGACGCCACUCGUGAGGUUCUACCACUAAUCCAACAGUGAGGGGUUCCCUAGGACCCAGCUUUUCCCCGGCUCCGCGAGAUCUGCACUAAGAAUUGUCUCCCAGCCAAUCCUACACCUGCAUCAGAGAAUCGAGGGGGCAGAGUGGGGUAACGGGCUGCCCCACUCCUUUGCGGUGCCAAUGGGUGUCCUAACACUCCUCCUCAUGUAAAGUGCACACAAAUAGUGCAAGGAUUGCACUACAAACCAUGGCACCUGUAUGCUAGGGCAGUGGUCUUCAACCGGUGGUAUCCGGACCAGAGCUGGUCCACAAGAAUUUAUUGCCGAUCUGCGAAAGCUUUCACCCGAGGUGAGCCGGCCCUGCUGUCUGCUUUUCUUGAGCUGGUGAAGAGAUCAAAGAUCUCCUGGCAGUUUGUUAAUGGAGAGUGAGACUGCAGGGCAGGAGGAAGACCCAGGAGGCUGUGUGAUCCUCCUGCGAACAGGCAGGUCGGAGUGUUGCUGCUUGCAUGAAGAAAAUGGUGAGGUCAGCCUGCAGCUGAAGGAGCUGCAGACUGAAGUGCAUAUGCCACCACUGGACCACCAGGGAUUGCAAUGAUCUGUCGUCGUCCCUCCCCCCCCCCCUUCCAGGCCAGAGGCAAGAAGGGGGGCAUAAAACUUCUCCCCCCAUUUUUAAGUAAAUAUACAUUUUCUCCCUGAUCACCCCCCUACCACAAUAUAGACCCCUCACAAACACUACACAACUUCACAUACCCUGCACCCACCCACACACACACUGUACAAACUGCACCCCCUCAAACACACACUAUACACACACACACACACACACACACACACACACACACACACACACACACUGCACUCCUCUCACACACAAACACAAACUGCACCCCCUCACACAAACAAACACUGUAACCCUCACACAUACCUUCCCAAGAGAGAGGAGGAGUAUAGCUAGUGAUUUCUUUAAAUGAGUUCGGUCUCCCAAUAUAGACGGUAUAAUCCGUAUUCCCAUCCAUAAGGUGUGUAUUGUAACCAGCGCAGCACCGGAAGAACGCCCUUUAAUGAUUUCCCACAUUAUUCUCUGUGACCGCUGCCUGCCUGGAGCUCUAUUUAUUUCAAUUGAUUGUUUGUUUUUAUAGAGAAGUAACUGUGGCGUCUAUUUACUAAACAAUGAAUUGUGGUAAUCUGAGCCCAGAAUUGCAACAUUCAGGCUAAACUGUGACGAGAGCAGGUUUGGAGAAUUCUCCUAGAUUAGCUCUUUUACCGCAAGCAUGAAGAGCGCAGACAUCCAUACCUUAUAUUAAACCAUCAGCGUUCGGAAUCCAGAAAUAGAUCUUGGGUUUUUAUUCCUUGUCCAUUGUGUCGGGUGAGUGGUGGCGGGUAGGUAAGUCACACCUGUCCUCCUUGUUUCAGAAUCUUUGUUUUGGGAAGAGAGGAGCAGCAGGGUUACUUCGAAUGCAUUCCACAAAAUGUUUGCACUAAACAUGUUCGUAUAUGAAACCAAUUACAGUAACGACUCCUGGGGCAAUAAAUGCAGUCUGCGCUAAACUUGGUGCACUGCGAAAAGACAUUCAGCUCAGCCACUUUUGCUGAAAAUUUAAAAAUAAAUAAAUAAAAAUGUGGGAUGACUGACUUUGUCACAUAGCUGUUCAACUUGUCCAAAUUUUAAGAAAUUAUUCUGGAAACAAAUCAGACAAAUGAAAGGGCGUGAAAAUGGGCCAAUCACUGUGUAGCGGAGGAGCAGGGGUUAAUCCAAUAGCUCUCCGCUGGGAACAAAGAUUCUGCAUACAAAAUCACAGGAACACAGCAUAAUCCACCUCCCCAAGGGCUAGAUGGCACAUAGUCUGGGAGUCAACUGCCAGCUUUAUUCACAGGUCUGCUUUUAUGCAUUUCUCCCAUGCAACUUUCAGAAUUAGUACAGUAACCCGGUCACCUCCCCUCCCUCUCCUCCCCUUAGAUUAGCACUUAAACAGAUUAGUGGGGACAGAGUUUUCCCCACUUUCUGGAUGUCCCCUAAAUACAGGGGGUACAAGGACAAAUAAGGGGUCCCCUGGUAGGGCUGAUCUGGGUGAGCAACAUACUCGAAAUUCACACAGAUCAGACCAGGGGUUCGGGAGUUAUAGACAGUUAAAGAUUUGACUGACCGCAGGGACUCAGUAGCAAAAAAACAGUUCCAUGAAUUCUGGCCCUGCGGUUGGUCUAUUUUAGUGAAUGAAAAAUCCCGAACAGCUUAGCCAUCCAUGCGACUGCUAGCAUUCGUAUGAAUCCCCUCGUUUAGGGGAAUCUAUCUACCGAACGCCGGGACGUUCGUGUGUUUAAUUCGUGCUGUCGGAGCAUGCUGGAGGUCUUAGCGGUACUUGGUUAGUCGAAUGCCCGGUUUGAGUUCCAGGCGUUCGACCAAGUACCGCUGUUCGUGCGUAAGAUGGCCGCCGCCACGUGUUCGGUAGGCGAAAUGGCGGCCACACAUACAGGUACUUAAUUCCCUUCGCAACAUUGUAUCGUUCAGAUAAUUGGAAACACACGACCACCCCGGGGUGGUCUCCCGUUUGGUAGUUUUGGGCAUUCGCAUAAAAACAGUACAAUAACAUUUAAAGUCUGUUCGUGCAGUUAUUCACUUGGUGAAAUUCACCCAUUCGCAUAGAAUAAUUAGUCCAAGUGGCAGGGUUUGCCACACACUGUACUGCUCAUAUACACAUAGUACAAAUUAUACGUACGAUUACACUUAUUCCGCAGCGCUGUGUGUAUAUUUUGUGGUACACUAAUAGUGGGGAAGAAAGAAAAGGAGCCUUAACAAAUGUUUGUAGAUUACAUAUUUAGAGUGUGUGUGUGUGUGUGUGUGUGUGUGUGUGUGUAUAUAUGUAUGUGUGUAUAUAUAUAUAUAUAUAUAUAUAUAUAUAUAUAAUGUCUGUCAGUUCACGUUUGAUCUGUGGAUAAAAUCGACAUUUACUGGCUCUCCCAUAGCCAUGCUCGUCCACUGCGCAGUUCGUUUGGUUCAUGAUUCGGACACAUUUUGGCUCAGAGUUUAGCAAUUUGGAAGAUUUAGAUGAAUUACAGAUCGUAACGAAAUGAAGUCUAAAUUGCGCUGUUACGGUACCUCCCGUAGAAAAUGCACAAACCGCCGUUUAGUGAAUGCUCCCCGUUCGCAAUAAUGUGGUCUGGUAACGUAUGCAGUAUAACCAUGCGAACCGCCAGCUAGGGAACACUCCAAACUCCCGAACGGUACCUGUACGGCUCCUUCCCUUCACGAGCUCCAAAUGCACGAAUCGCCACUAGCAGCCGAACGGCAAUAGUUUCCAAGCGGCAAAUAAUCCCAAUAAGUAGUCUCUAGGCGCCGGUAAUAAAAUCCCCCCCAAUAACGAGACCAAGCUCCGCUUUGAGGGUAAAACACGAACUGAGUUUACUGUGGGCUACCUGCCCGUAUUUAUGCAGGUCUCCCACUUGGUGGACACUCCCCUAGGGGACCAAAUGGGAGACUGAAAUGACAGAAGGACAUGGGGACAUUUUGGACAUACAUCCCCACAAUAUUCCCCGCAUGCAUCACAGUUCCCUCCCCUCUGCUCGGGAGAUAAUUGGGAAGUAAUUCAAUUAUCUCCCCGAGCAGAGGCAAAUCGCCAUUUUAACUCAGUUAUAAAACACAUUAAAAUCCAUAACUUUAUGACUGCCGAACGUAUUGCAUUCGUAUAACAUAUCCCCAGAUAGCCUGGAUCUGAGUGCACAUUAUUGGCGAAUAGCGCUCAGAUCCCAUACACAUAGUUCAAUCGCCAUGGAGUCAAAGUCUAUUCCAGUUCUUCGGUAUGCGAUUGACUCCAUGGGAAGGCUAUCUGGGUUAAGUCCAUUCGUGUUGUUAACUCUCCCGAACGGCUGGCAUUCUUAUGCUUUUGUCGAUUGGGAAGGGGAGGUCGACUGCUUCAGCGGUGUUCGGUUGAAAAAGUGUCCGUUUUGAGUUCCAUGAAAUAAUCGUCGAACACCGCUGGGCUUUCGCAUAGUUAAAAUGGCCGCCGCCUCGUGGUCGACAUACGAACGACGACCACCCUGUAUUUGGUUUUAAUUGAGAAGUGUCUGUAGUUAACCGCAACGUUCUAAUUGGGAUCAAUAGGUUAACCAGCAGCACACUUCUCUUCUGGGUGGCCGUCCGUUCGGUAGUUCCGUUCGACAAAAAAAUACAUUCCCUUAAUCAAGGCAUACGAAUGGGGGAAAUUCAUGCAAAACAGACGAACACAGCAAUUUUAGUGCAUACGGAUGGGUCUGUCACAUGCGCAUUAUGUUAAAUUCUUUAUUUGGAAUGAACGUGCAACUUAUCCUGUAAUAUAUAGAUGCAAAGACGAAGCCAAUCUAAGUAGAGCCUAUUUUUAUUAACAUUACAGCAGAACUUUCAUUCCUUCUCUUACUUCAGUAAUCGCUACUGAAUCACUUGCCUUUGCAGCCCUUCCAUUCAGUGACAUCCACUGUGCUCCCGCCUCUGGAGAGGACUUUAUUUGCUGUUAAAUAUCCAAAUUUGUAAUUGUAAAGCACUGUGAGAAAUGUUGGUGCCAUAUAAACAUAGUUGUUAUGGUGCCAUGAGAUCUCUAGUGCCGGCUCACCUGCUCAUGAAAGAAUUAACCUAAAAGUCCAGUAUUACGUUGCCAAUCGCUCUGUUCAUCCACAGCCCCUCAGACAGUAUCAGUUGAUGAUGCAAUCACUAGCUCCCAUAACAAAAUGUCUUGAGACACAAACCUAUUUCUCCCAAGCCAGUUUAGAGCAUUAAGAUCCUAAGCAGCACAAGGGCAGGUUAAUCCCCUACAGUUAAGCCAGUGCCAGGUACCUCUUCGUACCAUAACAAAUUAAUUCCAAUGAAGUUGUGAUGGUGCCCCGGAGUGCUAAUUUAAAAUCAGAAUUGCAGCAAAUUGAAUUCUGAAUUGCAAAACAUGGGAAAUAGGAGCGAUUUAUAAUGACAGACUCUGAUGUGGCUGCCCCGUGGCAUUGUGUUCUAUCCGUGGCUAGGUCCAGGGUAGUGGUAGGAGCAUGGCUUGCUGUAUGUACAGACACGCAAGGAAUGACCGGAAUUUCAUGGUGUGUUUGCAGUAUUUCUACUGAGCUCAGAGAUUGUUACAGAAAUCUAGAAUAACAGGCGGAACAAGCCGCAAAAUGUCCGUAUUCACAACUAAACAGAGAGAGGGUGUGUGUGUGUGUGUGUGUGUGUGUGUGUGUGUGUAUUUAUACACAAUGUUUAUGGCUAUUUGUGCAUUAAGGUCAUUUUUCAAGGAACCGGAUUGUAUGAUUUGUCAAAGCUAGAAAAUGUAAUGAUGGAAAGCUGAUUUUUAUUGGACUGCAACUCCCAGGACUGUCGGCUAUGUGAGGACCUCCAGUGUUGACGAAAUCCCCAUAGGAAAGCUUUGAAUAAGGCUUUCCUAUGGGGAGAUCUAAUGUGUGUGAGCGGCCAUUGCCGCGCAUACGCAGUAGGUCUCCCCCGCCGGCUGACGUCGGAUGGGAGGGAGAGGGACACUGUAGGGAGAUGUGGGGUGGGAAAGAGAGAGGCACUGCCAGGAAAACUAAUGUUUUUCUGGCACUGGAGAGUCCCUUUAAAGGGCCGCUCUUAGCACCACAACCACUGCAGCUUAUUGUACGUGGCUCUGGUGUAAAGAGAUGGUCCCUACACAAUCACUUGUAACACUACCUUUUCUGUUUACAUUGCUCCCUAAGGAAACCUCUAGUGGUCUCUAGACUGCUUGCCCCCUCCCCCCCCAUUUUUUUUUUUUGCCAACUUCGCAUGUCUUUUUCUCCCCAAUCCAUUUGUGUGUGUGUGUCACUGUCCCCUUGCCCAACUUCUGUGUUUCUCAGUAUCUAAAGAGGGUUUUUUUCUAAACUCCAAAAAUGUAUCUUAAAGGAGUAUUGGAAAUAAAUUCCCCAAAUAAUAAAUAAAGUAAGAAAAGAAUAUGUAUAAAUCGCAUGAAAAUGAUAGUAAUCUUUAUUAUAAUAAAUAACUACACCAUCACCCUUUAAAACAGCAACGCACAUUUCGGUGCUGAAUAGCGCAUUGUCUGGGACUCCAAAAGCGAAACACGUGAUGAUGGUUUUAUUCAUUCCAAGUUCCAGGUUAUACAAAUUAUAAUAGAUUACUAUCAUUUUAUUUAUUUUUUUUUAUUAUGCUUUAUACAUAUUCUUUUUCUCACUUCUAUUUAUUAUCAUUGACUUGUCUAUUUGCAGUGCUCCUUUUAAGAGGAGUUUUUGUAAUGUUAUGGUAUUUUUGGUAUGGAGUUUUGGGUUAAGCCCUCAUUCAAGUAUUUCAAACAUGACACGUAAGACUUGAAUGAGGGCUUAAACAAAUUCUAUUUUGUAUUUUUCUAAACCCCUACACACUUGUUAACACAUGGGGAGGGCGCAGUGAUUGAACUACAGGGGUCGCGGAGGUCGCAAGUGUGAACGGGCCCCUUAUGUUUCGCUCUGCAGUGAUGCCAGGAGCCAAAAUAUGUCACUAAACUGCGCCAAAGGGAGCAAAGCAAGAACUGUAGGAAGAUUACAGAGUUAGAGCAGCCGCAAUGGACCCCAGGAAAAGGAUCCACUCCACGUCUAGUAGGGAGGUUGUGAGGACAUAAAUAAAAAAGUUUGUGUGUGUGUGUGUGUCAGUAAAUGUGAAAAUGGUGAAAUCUAAAACCUUAUUCUGACCUCAAUGACAUUCUGCCAUCACUUCCCUCUAUGACGGCUAGGAGAUCUAAGAGCAUAAAGGGACACUCCAGACCCCUAAAGUAUUUUAACUUUCAGAAAAGCUGUGUUUGAAGAGUUUCUCUUUUUUUUAAAAUUUUUUUUAUUUUUAUUUUUUAAAUAUAAAUCGACACUUUUCUAAAUGAACCUUGUUACACCCCCCUGGCUGUCAAUCAGAUAACCUCUCCUGUUACUUCCUGGUUGUUAAGCUCAGGGGAGACUAACUCAAGAGGCAGCAAUUGCCCAGAGCACCUGCCUUGCAAAGACUUCUCAUUGAGCUGCAUUGGGAAGCCUGUGAUUGGACAGCCACACAAAGUCUGGGUGGGGUUAGAAAGGCUGCAGACAGAAGAUCUACAGCUUUUGCAAAGUGUGUUUUUUAUAUUUACCCCAAUGGAAAAUUGCAUAAUUAAAUGCCUGUAAGUUUUGAUUUUAGGUAAAUCUACUAAACAGUGAUUUUUAUUUCAUAUUUGGGCAGUGGGGUGUGACUUUCAGAGAUCUGUUGUUUCAUAACCAUCUAGAACCUCCUAAGCCCAGAAUGACUUGGUUGACUCUUACCAAAGGCGGUAUGAUAUUAAUUCACCACACAACUCGUUUAAUUAAUCCCGACAAAGACUUUUCCUCCGCUGGCUCUGUGAAGACAGGAACUCGGUAACAAGGCGCUGAAAUGUGAAUAGCUCUAUCCCUCCCCAGUAACUGAAAGUACAACUGAUUUAUUCAGCACAAACUCGGACUUUUAUGCACAAACCCCUCCCAGGCAUCCCUGUGCCUGAGAGAUAAUUGAGUCAAAACGGAGUAACUCCAUUAUCUCUCUGUUAUAGGGAAAUACACGAAACCUAUAUAAAACAUCCGAAAAACAUAGUCAUAUUUUACAGGAACCUCACAAAUCGUAUAACUCUGAGUCAAGUUGUCCAAAUAGUGCUCAGAUCCAUUAGAUAGAAUGGAAUCGCCAUUCAGGUAAAGUUCUGACCGGCCGGCUACGAGCAAAAAUAGUUCCAGAGAAACGAGGGCAAAGGCCAGUCUACUUUGCGGUUCCUGUGCAAACACCGACAAACACUUCCCCUGGCUUUUAGGGAGCGAAUGCUCCCCCUGUCAGUAGUUCUUAUUUCCCGAACAUCAUUUUCCUUGCCGGUCGGGCAGUGGUAUAAUCCUUGCCGGGAUCGUGGACUCGCGUGGCUGAAAAUAGUUCCAGGCGUUCGACCAUGUACAGCUGCCUGUGUUCGGGAGACAAAAUGGCCGCCAUUCACUGGAGCACAUGCAUUCAGUUACACAAAUGGCGGCCACCCAGGGAAAGCACUCUAGUUAAUUACUUUAUUGCGGGUUAACUGCCAGGGGUGGUCAGUGUUCGGGGAGGUAUGAAAAAGGGGGUCACAUACACCAUCCAUUUGGGGGACAACCGAACAAAAUGGGAAGAGUCUGCUACGCAUGCGAUUGUGGGUUUCAGUAAAACUAUCAAUAAUUUCGGCACAUGUUCGGUGCAAUCAAGAUACCAAUCGGAAGCAUCUGUGUUCCCAAGCUAUCAAAAAAAACUACAGUUGAAUCUACGCAAAGGCAAUAUUAACCAUUUUUUUGUCCUAAAAUCAGAAUCUAGUUGGGUUUAUUUUUCCAAAAUAGUCUCUUGGGUUUAAAUUAAGAUUUUACUCCUUAUAUAUAUGAAUAGAUCCCUAAUACAGAAUCUUGCUCCUUGUAAUGAAUAUUAUAUGUGUAGUAAUUAGAAUUCAGUUUUGAUGUUUUUCCAUUUUUAUGUAUUUUUGUCUUAUUUGCCCCGAUAUGAUACUGUACCAAUACACCGCUACCAGCUGUUAUUCUAAGACCGGCUCUGUUUUGGUGCCCCAAUAGUUUACUCACAAAAUGACAGUGGGGUUUUCUGAUACAAUAAUGAUCAGACACUCUUGACCUCGAUUAUUGGAUUCAGGCGUUUCAGGCUCAUUGCCAGGUGUAUAAAAUCUAGCUACACAAAAACUCCCACUACUCCUGGGCGGCAGCAACGACUACAGUACACAUCAGCCCCAAUACAUUCAAUAAAAAACAAAGAAAAAAUUACCUGCGCUCUCUACUAAAUCCCUAUGCAUGUUUAAACAAAUGGAGGUUAUUUUGUUACCCCAGUGGCCAUGAGAGACUUUAGCCCACCUGCCACUUCAAGGCAAAUCUCUCAGGUGGGUCCUACACUGACCUUUCACCUUGCUUCCUUGAGCUUCUGGCAUAUACACCCCUAUAUACUUAUUAACCCUUACUAGGGAACACAUGGGAUGGGCGGCAGCAUUGUAACAAGCCUGUGUGAUGCAAAGUUUUGAAAAUCACUUUGAAUUUCUGACAAUUCAAUUUUAGUGAAUAACCCGGGCUGUCUGACAUAAAUAAUGGUUUAGAAAGUAAUCUGUGUCUAAAAAGGACAGUCUGAGCACCAUAACUACUGAACAUCCUGUAGUGGUUAUGGUGCCAGGAGUUCCCUGGCAGCGGCCUUUGAUUAGACCAUUUUGGCCAUUAAAGCCGUCUGUGUGUUUUAAUGCUCUGGCGGCAUUUUAUAGAUGGUUCUUAUUAUUUGGGGCAGAUCUUCAUUAUUUUUCUCUUUUUAUUCAAUAUUUGAAUCAACUUUAAUUUAAUGAGAAAUUUACUCCGGAGUGGAACAAAAUGAACACUAACUAGCCAAAGGUACAAAUAACACCUGGUGCAGCACUGCUCGGUACAAAUUCCUAAACGAUUGAGGGUUUUUUAUUUGCUACCAAAAUCUGUUCAAAGCGCCAGCGCGACCGUAAUGUCCGCUAUAUAACAUUUACUCCUGGACCCCCGGGUUCUAAGGAAGCAAUUGAAUUAAUCUGGGAUAAUCUAUUCGCAAGUCCAACAAUUGGGAAUCCAAGCAUGAAUUGCCUCCAUUCGGGUAAUUAACAUAAUUAUCGCUUUCUGCUUCCUGACUUUCAGUUUGACUCCUUGAAUUAUUGCAAAUAAAGGAAAUCUCUAAUUCCUCCCUUGUGUCCCAUUCUGUAGCAAUACACAGAGCGCUCCUGCAUCGACCCGGCCUCCCAAUGAAAUCGUCACUAAGUGAGAUGCAAAGAACGUCUAUUGAUCUGCUCCAGAUAUUCCCGAAAUCUCUCUCCUUCUUUAUACUUUAUCUCAAUCCAACCAGCACAGGGAGUCCUCUUGGUACUCCCAGGAAAGGGCAAGGUUUCUUUUUCUACAUUGCGGCCUGGGAAAGUCAAAGAGUGGCUGAUUGCUGCCCUCGUUAAUGGCUAGGUUCCCUAAAGAAAGCUUUUAAAGAUUGCGAACUUCCUUCCUUGUUCCUGGAAGACUCAUUGGUUCCUUUAUCUACAGAAGAAGAUGGCAUGCACGAUUUAAAGACGGACAAAACACAAGGUUACCUCGGCGUCGCUACCUCUUACACAGCACGGAGUAUAGACUGUCCGAAUGCAGGUUUAUGAUGAUCACCAAGCUGCAUGUACGCUCAACUAUCCAUUCUAACAAACCCCACAAAUAUAUGGACAUUAUCUUAUGUUAACCUCUUUAUCGGAAAGUCUUAGGUGCUACGAAGGUCCCUUCAGGCAUGCCUCAGUGGGUCUGCAAUAUAAAUAAAUCCUGUUAAUCCACCUACACCUAUUCCAGUGACAAAUCUGCCUUCACCACCAGGACAAGGAGGGUGCAAAGGUCUUGGGUUUUAUAAGGGCCAGUUAAAUGUUCCAAACCAGGCUGAUGAUGUACAAUGUAACGAAUAAUAAUGUCAUCUUUGUAACUAGAUCUGACCAUCUCUAUGAAUCUAGACCAUACAGUACAUGUAUCCUAUAUAAAGGACCCAACAUAAAACUGCAUCUACAAACACUGCCCAAACGUUACAUGUAUGACCCUUCAUUGAGCUAACAAUAUACAUUACAGGGUUUUCAAGCUCCUUCUGAGAGCUGGGGUCCUGUCUGAUACCCCAGCCUUAGAUUCAGAUACAUUUUACAAACUAUGACAAGCCUUAGAGAUCACAAACAAGGUAAAACCCAUCACAGAUACACCAUGAGUUUAUCAUGACACGGAGCACACUCUGUGUUUGGUUCCUGAUCUCUGGAUUUUGUAAUUAUUAGUUUUAGAUAUUUAGAUCCGUGCUCUGUGGGUUCCCGUUCUGUGAUUUCUGGGCAAAAUGGGGAAACGACCAGAUUAUCAAUCUUUUUUUCGCACUUUGUUUUCAUUCUCUAAACUUUCCUGUAUCCAUUUAUGGUGGGAUCUGGAAGUCCCUACGUUCAUAUAGUUUCGGCGUCUGUAUUACUCACUGGUAGGUAAAUAUGUGAUUCCCAGCUCGUCACACAGUGCUGCAGAGUAUUACCGAGGCCUGUACAGUCUGUCACAUUUCUGUUGUUUCUUUGUAAUUGUCUCACAGGGCAAGGCUCUAAGUAAACAUUACUCACUUCCACAGAACUCACAUCAUUGUGUUUGCCAGUAUUUCCCCGGUAUUUUUGUGUAUAAUGAAGACUUGUCCAUGCUAUAAACCAUGCCUUAAUACAUUAAGAUAUUCACAUUCUGGCUCUAUAAUAAUCCCGUUGGAAUUAAUAAACGGCUAGUAAAUCUGUAUUUAUCUUGAUUUGUCAUUCAUGUGCACUCACUCUGAUUAUUGACAUUAGUUGGGCAUCCAAUCACAUCCAUUGCAGCAGCCAUCUUGGAGUCUUUAUACAUAGAAUAGACACAUACAGUACUACAUUGUUACACAUAUAAUAGACGCAUACAGCACAGUUAUAGAUACAUUGUUACACCUAUAAUAGACACAUACAGUACAGUUAUAGAUGCAUUGUUACACGUCAUAGAUCUCGAGAUGCCUCCCGAUCACAUAAUUUCCAAUCUCACGACAAGUGAAAGACGUUGCUCAUGACAUCAUGCACCAAACUUAUAGAUCCCACAUUAGUACUGCGCAUAUGAUUUAAAAUAUGAUGUGCACGGGAAUCUAGUGACUCCGGUUCUACUCGGUCAUCUUUAUCUAUAUUCAGAGCUAGCACCUCACACAAUAUUGAUUAUAUUAAGAUCAGGGUGAUCCUUGAUUGCUCGCGCAAAAUUUCAUGAUAAGGGAACCGAGAUACUCCUAUCUCAAUGCAACUAAUCUUUAGACAUUCCAUCUCAAAAUUAUCGGUCCUCGACAAGAUACAAUGUGUACAAGUUAUUAAAACAUGUGCUGCCUAUAGGUGACUGUGUAUAUUUGUACUUUUAUAUUUUACCCUUGGUGUCUAUACAGUCACUCGCACUUUUAUCCCAUGGUCUUUUAUGACCCGGACAGAAUAUUUUUUUUCCAUGAGACAAAGUCUAGUAACACAGAGUGGAUAAACAACAGAUACAAGUUACAUCCCUCACACGCGUCCUGCCAUCUUGGGACAACACGAUAGAGCCCACAUAGCCACCCACAGAAAACAACUGGUUUCCAAACCCCAUGGUACAACAGCCAUGUACCAUAUCACCACAGGGGACCUUAUGUAAAUAUCCCUUUUUUAUUUUCCCCCAGUUUUAUCUCUCGCCUUCCCCUACCUCUAAUCAUUCCCUAAGAGUCUUAAACCUUCUAAGUACAGCUGCCCAUGGGGCCUAAACUGACCAAAGCACAUUACACAGCAAGAUACUCUAUGAUCUCGGAUGCCCACAUACAUCACUCAACAUACGGCUGUUCAAUGAAGACAUAACUCACUCAAUUUAUGAAAAUAUAAUCACAUAACGUCCAGGGGCUAAACAUCUCACACAAAAGCAGCGAAAAAAGAUAGCAUUGACAUAUUGUGUUUACAGGAAACCCACUUUGUACACAACAAAAUACCACUUUUUGGGUCCUGAUACAAUAUCAUACAACUUAUUCCUACAAAACUAAAGGAGUCUCCUAAUUGAUACAUAAAUCCCUUACUUUUGAAUUCCUACACCUCAAAAAAGACUCCCAAGGAUGAUAUCUCAUCUUACACUGCAAAAUCAACAAAGCCACAUACACAUUGGUUGGCAUUUAUGGCCCUAACGCAAAUCAACGCAAUUUUAUACAUAAGGUGCUGAACAAACUCCCCACAAAUCAACUGGUAAUAUGCAGGGACUUGAACCAGGUCAUCCACCCACCCAUGGAUACAACUCUUGCCAAACAAGCCCCCAGAUCUAAAUCCCUACUGACAGAAUGCAAAGCCCUCACCAAGCUGAUCUCCGAAUUUGACCUAUGCAAUGUAUGGUGUACUCAGCACCCUAAUUUACGUUUUUCCCCUCGGUACAUAAAACACACUCAAUAAUAGACAUGAUACUAGUGUCCAGAGACUUGUCAUCUGUCGUAAGCUGUCGUACAGGAGAUAUAGUUUGGUCGCACCAUGCUCCGAUAACUAUGACCUUACAAAACAUAUUCGACAAUAGAGAACGGACCCUGUAGCGCCUGAAUGAUACUCUUAUACGACCAUGAGUUUAGAACUAAAUUGGAAGCUGACAUAUCAAAUUACUUUAAAGACAACGUUACAUCUGAAGUUCAAGCCACGACUAUAUGGCAAGCUCAUAAAGCAGUUGUCAGAGGGUUUAUAAUUAGUAGAGCUUCAUAUCUAAAACAAAUUCCACACAGAGAAUAUCUUGCCCUACUCCGAACACUUAGGGACCUAACAAAUGCCCAUUUCCUGAACCCCAGGGAUACACUAGACCAUGGGUAGGCAACCUUUUAGCAGCACUGUGCCGAUAUAGGAUUGUGAUGUCCCCUAGUGUGCCGAUCCUAUUUUUUUUUUUUAAAUUGAAGUGUGUAUGCUGCCGUAUUCUGCUUGUGUUAUUUUUACUGUAAUUGCUUUGUAUCGUUGUAUUUGUGCGUAUAUGAGCUAUUAUAUUGUAUAUGUUCAUUAGUAGAUUGUGGUAUCGUGUAUGAUACAUAUGAAUGUGGGCUGUGUAUGGGGGCUGCUUGUGGAAUUGUGUGUGGAUGGAUAUGUCACAUUGUGUGUUUGGUAGUGUGUGUAUGUGUGGGGGCUGUUUGGGGUAUUGCAUGUGAGAGGCUGCAUGUGGGUUGUGUGCAUGUAUGUGGAUUGUUAGUGGUGUUGAGUUUGUGCGGAUUGUGUGGCUGUUCAUAUUAUUUGUAUGAGGGGAGGGUUAUUGUGCAGCUCUCUGUAUAUCUAGCAGUGUGGGUGGCUUCCCUGGGUUCCAGUGGGGACCAGGCCGGCCAGGUACAGGUCAAGGACAGGAACUGCAACAGCAACUGCAAGCUGCUCUACUACAGUGUGGAUUCCCAUUCACAAGUGCUGGGAGGAAGUGCUCUGAGAUCACUUCCUCUACGUGCUGCAAUGCAUAAAUUGAGGAUUAUCCUUCACCACCUCUUCGUAUUCGCAGAUAUCUGAAGUUUUACUGGGACUCCUGAUAGGCCAGAGCCGUGGAAAGACACCUCGAGUGCCGUGCAUGGCACUAGUGCCGUAGGUUGCCUACCCCUGCACUAGACCAACAAAUACGUCAGACAACCAAACAAAUAAACGAGCUACUUCUAAAAAAGACAACCAGUACUGUACUCUCCAAAGAUUAAAACUGUAAAAGUUAUACACAGGGCCAGCAAAGCACUUGCGGCAAUGUUACGCCAGCAACAGGCUCAAUCAAAAAUCCCAUCCUUGUUCAAUGACUUGGGUGGGAAAAUAUACAAUCCAUAAGACAUAACACUAUGGCUGAAUUCUAUAGAUCACUUUACAACUUAAAACAUAAGUGACACAAACUAUACAACCCUUACCCCCGGGAAAAUCACAAGGCCCAGGUGGCUUCACAAAUGCCUACUAUAAAACCUUCCAUCAAACUCUAGGGCCCCAAUUAGUAACCACUCCAUAACCACAUAAUGGUAAGUUACCAUCCGACAUGUUACUAGCACACAUAGCGACAUUACCAAAACCAGGGAAACCACCGAACAAAUAUCACUACUGAAUACAGAUACUAAAAUUCUAGCAAAAAUAUACCCAAACAGAGUGUCUGACCUGAUUCCAUCAUUGGUACACCCAGACUAAGUGGGGUUUGUCACAGGCAGACAGGAGCUGAUGGUACCAGAAAACUGUAAAAUUUUCUUUAUGGACAACGAGCCUCGAGGGAGCCCAGGAUCUUCCUCUCCUUGGACACUGAAAAAGCCUUUUGACAGGCUGCACUGGUGCUUCCUCAAGGCCAUAUUACAAAAAUUUGAUUUCCCUCCACAGUUUCUAUCUCUAAUUUCAGCACUUUACUCCAAUCCCUCAGCAAAAGUAGCAAAUACUGUCUGCUUUUGGCAUUUCGAAUGGCACGCGCCAGGGAUGUCCAUUGUCCCCUCUUCUCUAUGUUUUGGCAUUGGAACCACUGGCGCAGGCGAUAAGGGAUUCUAUCUCAAUACAUGGCAUUAGGAUAUGGGAGACAGAUUGCAAAAUUACAAUGUUAGCGGAUGAUGUGAUGCUAUGUUUCACAAAGCCAGAGAUAUCUAUCCCUGCCUUCCAGAACAUCUUAACUAAAUAUAGUGCAUGCUCCUACUAUAAACUAAACAUAGCAAAAACACGAGCACUAGGCAUCCAUACACCAACUUCCCUUUCCAAAACAUUGCAACAAACCUACACAUAUGACUGGAGACAGGAUGCUCUCACAUUUCUAGGUGUGUUUUUUACAAAGCACGUACAAGUAUUAUAUCAGGCAAACUAUGCCAAGGCAAUAAAAAAUGUUAAAACUCCGUUACUGGGUUGGAAAUGUUGAUACUUAUCCUGGAUGGGAAGAGUGGCGGCUGUGAAAAUGCUCAUUUUGCCGAAAUUACAAUACUUGUUCCACACACUGCCAAUUAAGAUACCAUCACAAUACCUCAAAGAAACACAAUCCGUGCUUAACAAAUUAGUGUUGGCAAAUAAAAGAUCAAGGCUCGUUGCCCAACAUAUGUAUAAACCAUUCCAUCAUGGGGGUCUGGAACUCCCAAAUCUGACUAAUUAUUACCGGCGGCUGUCCUCAGCCCUCUGGUGAUGGUCUUGCAUCAGAGCAAAUCCUCACCCUCCUGGUUAACAUUAGAAGCAACCUACACCGAAGGACACACCACAUUACAUCCCUAGCCUGGAUCAUGCCGCAGCAUAUAAAGCAAUACCGAGACAUUUCACCAACAACAACACUGACUCUAAAAGAAUGGGAUAGAUAUAGAACAGCACAUAACAUACACGCAAAGCUUUCACCUGCAACGCCCAUUCAGGCAUUUGCCGUACUCCGAUCUAACUUAAAUAUAAGUGCCUGGUCUCAAAAUGGCCUAACACAUCUUCAUCAGAUAACCGAAGGCCACACACUUCUUCCAUUUAAAUCCUUGCAAACAAUAUAAAACCUCCCCAACACCGCUGAAUUCACUUACAUGCAAAUUAGAUCUUGGAUGGGAAAAAAUAAAGAGUUUAACUGCGAGAAUGGGACUGGGCAGCAGAUGUCGGGACUGGAGACCCUAUGCAUGCAACCAAAACGUCCCCAAAAAAUAUUUACUUUGUAUCACCGUAAUUAUCCACCAAUGGAUUUCCGUAUAACCCCCUAUGUAGUGGCAUGGGAACGGGACCUCCAAAAACAACUGACCAGUGGUCAUGUAUCUUUGAGGCCAACAAGAAAUUUACACUAUGUACUUCACACAUUGCAAUCUCAAGGAAGAUCCUUUACCGUUGGCAUUUCGUACCCACCAGAUUAAAACAGAUUCCAGAUGCUGUGUGUCCCCAGGGACCAUGCUCCAUAUGUGGUGGACUUGCCCCAAGCUAGACAAGUUCUGGGCAGACAUUCAUGCCAUCAUACACCAGAUUACUGGUAUUGAUCUCUUAAAGGAACCAAAAAUAUACCUACUACUCCUCAUUCCAAAAACACUGCCAAAAUUUGCACAAUAUUUAAUAUAUCGUAUUCUCAUAGCAGCCCUCUUUGCCAUAAGCAAAUCCUGGUUGCGGACAAAUGGCCCACACGUGGGAACAUGCUCUCAGAUGGUUAUCACUACCAAACACUAUGAAAUCAUGGCCAGAUCUACGAGGGCACCAAAUAAUUUUUGGAAAGAAGCCUGGGACGUGUGGGAGGGAAAUAGGCCUACCCUAAAUAAGCCCACUUCUACUACAGCUCCAGUCCUGACGGAUGCACCCAUAGAUGGUGCAAUUACACUAAUUUGUGUUAAUGGUUGCCAUGGUGGCCACACAAAAGGAAUCCGUUAAUGGUACAUGGUAUUGUCAAAUGUUCAUAGACCUAUGUAAUGACCACUGCAAAGUCUUGCUACUGAUAGGAAUGGAGUAGCCUCUAAACUUUGUUCAGAGCUGAGGUACUAUGAGGAAAUGAGACCUCACAUCCAGAGCCAUACCCACCCAUAACCUGCCACUAACCUAAACAGACCCGUUAAAUCAUGGUGGCAGAUUCCUCGGAGUGAGAGGUAGAUUAUCUGGGGCAGACUUAUCAUGGGGGAGAGGUAGAUUAUCUGGGGAAGGUUUCUCAUGGUUGAGAGGUAGAUUAUCUGGGGAAGGUUUCUCAUGGUUGAGAGGUAGAUUAUCUGGGGCAGAUUUCUCAUGGUUGAGAGGUAGAUUAUCUGGGGCAGAUUUCUCAUGGUUGAGAGGUAGAUUAUCUGGGGCAGAUUCGUUUGGUUGAAGGAGUAGGUUAUCUGGGGCAGAUUUUCUGGAAGGCCCAGAUUCCCUGACUCGGUGCAGUUUAGAACUUUUUCCUGUGUAAAUGUGGGCAAGAUGCUGGUUCCCAGUAGUUUGUUGUAUUUGGCCCCGGGGGACACAGAUGUCUAUAUUUCUGUGUGAUGUGAGUGUGUGCUGAGCGUGUCGCGCUGAUGUUUAAUAUCUGUAAUAAUGUAAAUAUUUGCAGUGUUCCUCCAGCUUGCCCCCCUCCUCCUCACACUCCAUAUUAGGUGGCGAAGGCUAUUCUAAAGGGAGCAGAAUCACUACACAGCCCCAGCGUGGUAUUCUGGGUAACGGACAGCUCUAUUCAUAGCACUGAGUCAACGGCACUCAGACCGGACCCAGCAACUGCCGUACACUCUCUGUGCCCCCACAUUGCAAGCUUUUACUGGACAACGGUCCCUAUCAUAGUGCAAAAUAGCUGAGCUAUAUGGAACCCAGCUCAGUGUAUGUAUGCAGAGCAAACCCUGCCUGCAGAUUAUCGCACAGUGCUGCUAUCGGCAGAUUAUCACACAAUAUCUAAAGGAAGUAAAUGUGUUUUGUGUUGGUAUCUGGUUUCCCCUGUCUCGCACGGCAUGGCCUGUGAAACACGCAUGAUCCAGGCUCCGUGUUGCUGAUCCCCUCCCCUGUAUGUAUGAAAGUCAGCGCGACUCACUGGGAGUUCAUUGUAAAAAAGCUGGGUAAAGGGCUGUGAUUGCUGAUCACUCAGGGAGAGAUUUAGCAAAGUGUCUGCUCUAAAUUGUGCUGGAAAAAAACAAACGAGGAGAAGUCCCCAUUGGAAUGGGCGGCAGAUUACACUGGUUUCCAUGGUGACUGCCCCAUUUUUAGUACUUUUAGAAUCGAGCAGUUUGGUAAAUGCCUGGCUUGGUGUCUGCGCUCGUAUAACAGAAUUAUCGCCAGAACAAAAUGGAACCAUUGUAUUAGAGGAUGUUACAGUUCGGCCUGUCCUGUACGGAAUAAAAUAAAAGCUGGCGGUACCCCCGCGACUGGCUGUGGAUUUAUAUCCCGAGAGAUGUGCAGAAACUGUACACGCUGUACAAGGGAUUAAACUAAUAAAAUAUCAAAACCAGCAUUUUGUUACAGAAACACACAUAUCAUAGUAUAAAAUAGAACGUCUGUAAAUUGAACGCCCAUUUCCAGAGUAUUGGUACCCAAUAUUUAGCUGCACUUGACCCUCCAGCCCCCUAUCUUAUCUUGUCUUCUAUAAAAUCCCCCUCUUUCAAACAGUGUAACAGAACGGAGCAGAAAGUAAAAUGAAAUAAUACAGUGUAAUAUUAUUAAAGGGUCUCAUUAGAAUUAGAAAGUAAAGCACUCCUUUGCCACAGUAUAACAUGUACUCCAGCCCGUUUCCUUUCGCUAGCUCCAUGAGACAAGAUUCUCCUUAACGUGGGCUCUCUCACUUGGCUGUGGAUCAUGGGAGUUUCAGUCCCUGUCUGUGAUUUAAUUAAUGCCAUUAUCUAAUGGGUUGAGGAAUGGAACAUUUUGUGGUCAUUCUGGGAGAGGAAAGUAAUCUGUGUCCGGAUGCCGUGUCAUUGUUUGGAGAAAGGCUUGCCCGUAGCUUAUUAAAUUAAUACAGUUGUAAUCACGAUUAUUUAACCCCCAGGUUUAUUGUCACAAUGUACAGACUCUCAGCUGUUUACAAUGAACUAAUCAAACUAAAGCGAUGGAAAUAGCUCAACACAGCGAAUGCUUCAAGUGGCUUCCUCAAAUUCUACUGAAAAUGCUACUUUUUACUUCUCCACUCUCAAAAGGAUGUAACCCCUCCAUGGCAGGCAUCUUUAGUACAUAGCAGAGCUCUCUUUUCCUGUUAUGACCUGCUGCACACGAGAUGCAUAGCCAGACACCAGCUUCUGGCAGCGUUCCUGAGGGAUCUUGGCCCAUUGUUCAUGAGCAAUGGCCUCCAGUUCAGUAAUAGUUUGGGGGUUGUGUGCUGCAACCUCCUUCUAAUUCCACCAGAGAUUUUCUAUGGGGUUCCAGUCAUGUGACUGUGAUGGCCACUGUAGAAUUUUCCAGGACUUCUUCUGCAACCAAGUCUUGGUGGAAUUUGAGACAUGUUUGGGAUCACUGUCUUGUUGGAAGGUCCAAUGAUGCCCAAGCUUCAGGUUCCUCACAGAUGACAUGACAUUUUCUCCUGUAUAUAGAAUAUAGAAUGCACACUAUAACAAUCUCAAAAAAAACUUAGCUUUAUUACGUACAAAAAAGUACCAGAGUGAAAACCUAUAAGAAAAGAUAAACAAAGUGACAGAAGCAAGGGCAAACACAAUAAAACAAUAAUAAAUUUACCACAAAAAUUCUUACAAGCCUCAAGACAGAAACACGAGUCACCAAACCCCCCAACAUUUCGGCACCAACUGGCUGCCUUUAUCAAGGGUACCUUGACAUUUUCUCCUAGCAUUUCCUGGUACUUUAAUGAUUCCAUAUUGCCUUCCACAUGCUGCAGGUUUCCUGUGCCAGAGGGAGCAAAGCAGCUCCAGAGCAUCACCGAGACACCACCAUGCUUAACUGUAGGCAGAGUGUUCAUUCUUCUUCCUCCAGACAUACCAUUGAUCCAUUGGGCCGAAAAGGUCCAGUUUUGUUUCAUCUCUCUACAGAACAGAAUACUCAAACUUCUGUGGCUUAUUUAUAUGAUUUCAAGCCUAUUGGAGCCAACUUUUCUUGUGCUUUUGGGUCAGCAGUGGUGUAUACCUUGGAGCUCUGGCAUAGAAGCCUUCUGCAUUUAGUACUCGCUUUACUGAUCUCAGUGACUGUUGCUACCAAGUCUUGCUGCAGGUGUUAUGCAGUCAGUUGAGGGUUCUUCACAACCUGCCUUCUCUGCAAUCUGGUUGCAUCCAUUGAUGGCUUUCUUUUUCUGCCUCGUCCAGGUAGUGUAACCACUAGCGAGGUCCCGAACGGUUCGCCGCGAACAUAAACAUAAACUUUGACCCUGUACCUCACAGUCAGCAGACACAUUCCAGCCAAUCAGCAGCAGACCCUCCCACCUCCUGGACAGCAUCCAUUUUACAUUCAUUGUGAAGCUGCAUUCUUAGUGAGCUGUCCAGGAGGUGGGAGGGCCUGGGAGGGAGGGUUUGCUGCUGAUUGGCUGGAAUGUGCCUGCUGACUGUGAGGUACAGGGUCAAAGUUUAUGUUUAUGUUCGCCGUCCAGGGCGAACCGUUCGGGACAUCACUAGUAACCACUGUUCCCCUACUUGCAAACGAUACUUCCAAUGGUCUAUAGUAAUAUUCAGCGCUAUUGUUUUGUAUCCUGAUCCUUUUUUGUGAAGGUCAAGGAUCUCUUCUCUUAACUUUGUGGACCAUUCUUUUGACUUAGCCAUAUUUCUAACAUGCAGUAAAAUGUGACACUCAACAAACCUCUAACAAGUCCAGGUAUUUCAAGUGUUCCAGCUCAAGCACACCUGGUGCAACUAAUAAAUGCCUUGGUUAGUUAUAUCAGGUGUACUUGAGGCAACAUCUGUUUUGCACAUUUGUGCUGUUGUUAGGGAUUCCAGUCAGGGGGUUGAAUAAUUUUGAGACUGGAGAGGUCAUUAUAAAUUUGCAUUUUCAGUUGCAUUUGGGGAAACUACUUGUAACAUUCAUUGUGUUGAGCUAUUUUCAACUGCUUUUUUUAUUGCAAACAGCUGAAAGUCUGUAAAGUUUGACAAUAAACCUGAUUUUCAAUGGGGGUUGAAUAAUUGUGAUUACAGCUGUAUAUGUUGCUCACUGCUGUCCAUGAACAAUCCAGCUACACAUUGCCAUUACAUUGGCCAUCAGGGAAGCCAUCAUUACACAUUGAAGGGCCAGGCAGUAAGCAAGCCCCCAUAAAAAAAAUAAAAAAAUAAAACCAAUAAACCUACUGCCACUACAGGGCCUGGCGGAGAGCAAGCCCCCAUUAAUAAACCAUCCUACUGCAGUUACAGGGCCUAGCGGAGAGUGAGCCCCCAUUAAUAAACCAUCCUACUGCCAUUACAAGGCCUGGCGGAGAACGAGCCCCCAUUAAUAAACCAUCGUACUGCCAUUACAAGGCCUGGCGGAGAACGAGCCCCCAUUGAUAAACCAUCCUACUGCCAUUAUAGGGUCUAGCGGAGAACGAGCCCCCAUUAAUAAACCAUCCUACUGCCAUUACAGGGCCUGGCGGAGAGCAAGCCCCCAUUAAUAAACCAUCCUACUGCCAUUACAGGGCCUGGUGGAGAGCAAGCCCCCAUUAAUAAACCAUCCUACUGCCUUACCUGAACAGGGGGUUAAUCUGUAUGGUUUGCUCACAGUGUAUGGUGUUUCUCAGUCAAUAUCGGUGUUAUCCAAUGACCCCCUCUCCCACCUUCACUGCCCCAUAUUGUUCUAUGCUAUUGUCAUACAUGUUGACCUGGUUCUCCUCUUUCUCUCUGCAGUUGAUUUGAUGGGGUACGGAGGUAUUACUUGGUUUAGAUCAGUAUUCCCCAACCACAGGGAACACCAACAGUCCAGGAUUUCUGUAUUUCCUUGUUUUAUAUAUAUUUAUGGAGAUACUGACAAAACCUGGGCUGUUGGUGGUCCCUGAGGACUGGGUUGGGGAACACUGGAUUAGAUCUGUUAAUUAAUGUGUAUGGGCUAUGAACAGACUUUCUAUCAUCCAAUAAACACCUUGCCAGGUGUUAUUACGCAUUUUGAACUAGGUCUCCUUUUUCUUGGUAGACGGUAUGAUGCCGUUUGGUGGCAUUGCAUCCAAACUGAAGAUCGAACGUCUGAAGGCGUCUGGUGUUGGGUCCCAUGACUGCGCUGUAAAAUACCUUAACCAGGAUUACGAGAGCCUGAAACAACAGUGCUUGGAGAAUGGCACACUCUUUGAAGACCCUCACUUUCCAGCAGUCAUUUCCACCCUUGGCUUUAAGGAGCUUGGCCCCGGCUCGAGCAAAGUGCAAGGCGUGCGAUGGAAGCGACCAUCAGUGAGUAAUACAUGGACUGUCAUUUUAAUGGGAUUAUUGGUGUCUGUUGUUAGGGGGAUAGAAUAAAAUUGGGAUACCCCAUUGUACAGCGCUAUAAAAAUAAUAAAAUAUUACCUGGAGUUGGUAUGAGAUUUAAUGGGAUUGGGGGGUACCUAGAUUUUGGUGGGGGAAUGUAAUGAAGUCAGGGGUACCUAUUAGGAUAUGGGGCGCUUGAAGUCUUGGAGGGUAAAUAAUAUUGGAUAGGUGAUAGGCCAUUUGUCUUAGUUUUUAAAAUGUCUGAUAAUUGGGGAAAGGUUGUCCUAACCUAGUAAUUACAUAUUAAGGUAUCAUUCUCCAAUUUUCAGGACAUAGCUGGAGAUCCACAGUUCAUUGUUGGUGGUGCCACCAGAACGGAUAUCUGCCAGGGGGCCCUUGGUGAGUCUUCUUAAUUUAUCAUGGUGCCCGUCAUCACUGCCUGUCAAGACUUAUAAGACACCUUUAGUGGCCAUGGUUUCCUUCAGUGAUGUAUUUAGUAAGUCCCUCUCCGAUACAACACAGGUCUUGUUUUACUCUGAACCUCCUGUCAUGUUAAGAAAGCCAUCAGAUAUCCUGGUCUCAAGAAAUAACCAAGGAACAGCCAAUGCCUCUGUGCUCAGUCUGUGCUGUUCGUAGCUGACCUGUGUACGUACACUGAUAGGGAAGCCUUUCUGUAGUGAGGGGGUGAAACUAAAGGCUUAUGGUACAGCAUUCUGUAAGCUAUUAAUUUAAUUUUGUGUAAAGAUUAUUGUGAAUUAAAGAUAUAUUGAUGCUCAGAUUGUAUCUUAAAAAAGACUAUACUUUGGACCCUGAAGGGUCUGACAUAAAAAGGACUGUUUACGGCUUUGUCUGUUGUACAACAGUCUGUCUUUGGAACCAGAUGCAGUUUUUCCCCUGUUUGGUGCAAUAAUAUCUUGUUGUCUGGUUUUGGAGAACCCAUCCUCCCAGACUCACACAGAAACAAAAUGGUGUGUGGGAUGCACGUCCGUGUGUGUGUUAUGUGCUGCAGAUUUUUAGGUGUAUGUUCUAGAACUGCUUCAUGAAACAGAUUAAUCCCAAGUAGGAGUACCACACCUGCCAGGUGUAUGCUCCUGGAUGGUGUUGUGUGUCCCUGUGUGCGUGUACCCAUUCCUGUCUCAAGCACUCUCUUUGCAUGUAAGAUUUAAGGCUCACAGCAGGGGUCCCCUUUCCUUUUCUACCACUUUGUCUAAUUUUGUACAAUAUUUAUUCCCUAAAUUGCUGUCGAUAUGCACAGCGCUGUGUAGAAAGCUGCCUCUCUAUAAAUAAUAAUUAUGACGCACUUUGCUGGUGUGUCACAGGUGAUUGUUGGCUCCUGGCAGCCAUUGCUUCACUGACUCUGAAUGAGGAGCUGUUACAUAGGGUGGUACCCCACGGGCAGAGCUUCCAGGACAACUAUGCAGGCAUCUUCCAUUUCCAGGUGUGUACUGGAGUUAUAUCCGCCAUAUUUCCAAGUCCUGUUCACCUGCUUCAUCACGGUUCUUCUCACCCUUCCCACAGAUCUGGCAGUUUGGGGAGUGGGUCGAUGUGGUAGUUGAUGACCGGUUGCCAGUAAAGGAUGGUGAGUUGGUCUUUGUUCACUCCGCUGAGUGUACGGAGUUCUGGAGUGCCCUUCUGGAGAAGGCAUAUGCCAAGUGAGUACCACCUGAUCCUGUGAAGUGCUGUGCAUGGCGGUUUGGUGGGGUUGGGACAUUAAUGGUGGCUUCCAUGUUUAUUCCAUACUGAUCGCAUUGUUGGGUGAGUUUUGAAUAGUUUAAUACUUGUUGUCCUUUAUUAGUAAAACCUUUAAAGAGACACCAAACAACACCACCAACGCAACUUUAGCUUAAUGAAGCAGUUUUGGUGUAUAGAACAUGCCCCUGCAGUCUCACUGCUCAAUCCACCGCCAUUUAGGAGUUAAAUCUCUUUUGUUUCUGUUUCUACAGCCUUAGUCACACCUCCCCUGGCUGUGACCCACACAGCCUGAAUGAUAAAUAAUAUGGAUUAAUUUUCAAUACUUGCUUUAGGAGUUUGCAUCUCAUGCUCUGGAACAGGCAUUAACAGAGCAGGAGAUAAGAAAUACUCAAUUAAACAGACUAUGCAAUGAAGGACGUGUAAACAUUAGAUCUCUCUUUACAGGAAGUGUUUAGGAAGGCUGUGCAAGUCACAUGCAGGGAGGUGUGGCUAAGGCUGCAUAAACAAAGUGACUACACAUAAAUGGCAGAGAAUUGAGCAGUGAGACUGCAGGGGCAUGGUCUAACACCAAAACUACUUCAUUAGGCUAACGUUGUUUUGGUGCCUUUUAAUAUACCCUGGAUGCACCAACAAUCUCUUAUAGAUAUUGUAAAGGACACGAGUUGUGUAGUCCAUUACCAAAUUCAAUCUAUAAAAGCUGAUGUUUUGAGCACAUUCUGUCGCAUACAGGCUAAAUGGGUCCUACGAAGCCCUGUCUGGGGGGAGCACCACUGAAGGAUUUGAGGACUUCACUGGAGGGGUGUCCGAAAUGUAUGAUUUAAAGAAAGCUCCUCGGGACCUUGACAAAAUCAUCCGAAGAGCACUGGACAGAGGAUCGCUGAUGGGCUGCUCUAUAGAUGUAAGCAUUGCAACCAUUUUGUUUUAACAAAGCUCCAACAAAGUGACUUUACACCUAUAAUCCAUAGCAUUGCACACAUCUAGUUUUUGAUGGUGUCAUUACCAUCUUUGUGUCUCCAUCAGGAUUGGGUGGAGUCCUUCACCAGGCAAUAUUUAUAGCUUUGUUUGAUUCUUAAUGUUUUCCUUUGUUCAUAUUCUUGACCUUGCUCUGCCUCAUUCAUUCUCUCCAUCUUUCCCGGAGUUUCUUCCCAAUUCACUCCAUUUUUCUUUUUCCUCCAUUAAUUCCAGAUAACUAGUGCCUUCGACAUGGAAGCGGUGACCUUCAAGAAGCUGGUGAAGGGUCAUGCGUACUCUCUAACAGGUCUCAAGGAGGUGGGUACCCCAGGGAGACCCCAGAAUAGUCUUUAUCACAAUGGCUUGGGAAAUCUGAUAUUCUAAUCUUCACUGGAGGAAAACCCCAAACAGAAAAGCUUGCUAUGGUUUGAUUAAACAUUGACGGAAGUGGUUAAAUCGGAGUGAUGUUAUAGCAGGUAUUCUAAUGGAUUGUCGUGUUCUGCACCCUCUGUUAUUGGGAAAACCCAUUCCUUCCUUCCACAAUGCUGGGCAGGUAGCGUGAUUCUCUGUGAUUUACUGGACACGUAUGCGGCAGAACGUAGAUUGCACAUAAUGCAGAAUUAUUUCUUCAUAAGAAUUGUACAUUCUACAGCCUUAUAACAAAUAUACAUUAGUCACUGACAACAUGCAAGAGUUAAUUACUGAAUAAUUAAUUAUGAUGAAGGAAGUUGCAAAAUUCAGGCCAAAUCAACUCGUAUUUACAGCUUGGCUAAUUUGGUAUUUUAAUAUUAAAUACACAAUAUAUAUCAUAACUCUCAAAUGUCCCGAGUUAGAGGGACCGUCCCUAAUUUCUCUCCUAAUGUCCGUCUUUUCUAGGAGCUCCAUAUUAUUUCUGUGUCUUGAGUGUAUAACAGAGCUCCACAGCAACAAUACUCCCAGUAAUGUGUCUAAAUGUAUUACAGAGCUCCACAGAAAUAAUACUCCCAGUAAUGUGUCUGAAUGUAAAACAGAGCUCCACAGCAAUAAUACUCCCAGUAAUGUGUCUGAGUGUAUAACAGAGCUCCACAGCAAUAACACUCCCAUUAAUGUGUCUGAGUGUAUAACAGAGCUCCACAGCAACAAUACUCCCAAUAAUGUGUCUUUAAACUACAAUAAAUGUGUUUAGAAAUCAAGAGAAAACAAGAGUUUAUAGGCGCUCUCUAUAAUAUAACAAAUAAGUGAGGGCUGCUGUAUACAGUACAAGGAUUCCCAAAACCUUAUGUAAUAGUGAAACAAAGAUAGGAUAUGGCAUAUAUUGCGCCCAAAAUCAUAUGUACAUACGACUGCAGAAAGGGGAGGCUGUUAAACACCUCAGGAUAAUAAAACAAGAGAAACAAUAAUAGUGCAGUACAAUUUCACAUAGUGCGAGAUAUUAGCUAGGUGACUGUAGGAGAACCACUCACAUUUGAUAGAGCUAUAUAAGAGCUCUGCUGUAUUGCGCGUGGACGGUAUGAUCCCUGUCUAAGGAUGUAGGAUGAUAUGGAUGGUACUGGUCCUCCAAAUGCGAGUGCAGAUAUUGAUGAUAAAUAUAAGAGAAAAAUCUCUGAUAGUAUAGUAAGUACUGUAAACUGGGAUUUAAGAAAAAGUAAUGUACUUACAAUUUUUAGAGCAAGGCCUGCUCUAGUUUUCACAGCAUGGGUGGUAUUAUCCCCACCUAAGGAUAUGAUGGUACCAGGUAGCAAAGAGGAUACAAAGUAAGAUACAAAAUAGUUAAAAGUAUAAAAAUUUGACUAUUUAUUAUAAAAACAUAUAUAACAUAAAAAAUAUAUAGGUACAAAUAAAUGUCCAAAAAAGUCCCAUUUGACGCGUUUCGCCUCUCCAGAGGCUUUAUCACACUUUUGAUAUAUAGGUACAAAUAAAUGUCAAAAAAAGUCCCACCUGACACAUUUUGCCUCUCCAGAGGCUUUAUCAAAAGUGUGAUAAAGCCUCUGGAGAGGCGAAACGCGUCAAGUGGGACAUUUUUUGGACAUUAAUUUGUACCUAUAUAUUUUAUGUUAUAUAUGUUUUUAUAAUAAAUAGUCAAUUUUUAUACUUUUAACUAUUUUGUAUCUUACUUUGUAUCCUCUUUGCUACCUGGUACCAUCAUAUCCUUAGGUGGGGAUAAUACCACCCAUGCUGUGAAAACUAGAGCAGGCCUUGCUCUAAAAAUUGUAAGUACAUUACUUUUUCUUAAACCCCAGUUUACAGUACUUACUAUACUAUCAUUUUUCUCUUAUAUUUAUCAUCAAUAUCUGCACUCGCAUUUGGGGGACCAGUACCAUCCAUAUCAUCCUACAUCCUUAGACAGGGAUCAUACCGUCCAUGCGCAAUACAGCAGAGCUCUUAUAUAGCUCUAUCAAAUGUGAGUGGUUCUCCUACAGUCACCUAGCUAAUAUCUCGCACUAUGUGAAAUUGUACUGCACUAUUAUUGUUUCUCUUGUUUUAUUAUCCUGAGGUGUUUAACAGCCUCCCCUUUCUGUAGUCGUAUGUACAUAUGAUUUUGGGCGCAAUAUAUGCCAUAUCCUAUCUGUGUUUAGAAAUCAGUCUGUGUAAAUAAGAUACAUUGUUCUUGUUAUAAAUUACAUUUUAGUUGAAUACAUUAUUAGUAAGACACCUGGUAGGUACACUGGGAGUGACAGGGGGGAGUAGGCAGGAGAUGUGGGCAGUAAGAGCUCACUUCUGCCAUCAUAGAGGGUACCCACACCAAAUGCUUAUCAUUCUGGUCCCAUCCUAAUGGAAUAAAAAACAGAGAACCCGGCAGGUUUGAAGAAACUACCAGACUUGCCAGUCUAUGAAUAUGACUUUAUACAUGCUGUACUGCAUGUAGAGCCAUGUCUAAUGUAAUGUACAUUUUCUAUUGGCAGGUAAAUUACAGGGGCCAGGUGGAGAAACUCAUCCGAAUCAGAAAUCCCUGGGGACAAGUGGAAUGGACCGGAGCCUGGAGCGAUAAGUAUGUCAGAAUCUAAAUGGGGCAUUACUGAAAUGAGUGGGCACUGUGACAGAGACUGGGCGAUGGGGAGGGCACUGUGACAGACUGGGCGAUGGGGAGGGCACUGUGACAGACUGGGUGAUGGGGAGGGCACUGUGACUGAGAUUGGGUGAUGGGGAGGGCACUGUGACAGAGACUGGGUGAUGGGGAGGGCACUGUGACAGAGACUGGGUGAUGGGGAGGGCACUGUGACUGAGAUUGGGUGAUGGGGAGGGCACUGUGACUGAGAUUGGGCGAUGGGGAGGGCACUGAGACUGGGCGAUGGGGAGGGCACUGAGACUGGGCGAUGGGGAGGGCACUGUGACAGAGACUGGGCCAUGGGGGGGGCACUGUGACAGAGACUGGGCGAUGGGAAGGGCACUGUGACAGAGACUGGGCCAUGGGGGGGAGGGCACUGUGACAGAGACUGGGCCAUGGGGGGGAGGGCACUGUGACAGAGACUGGGCCAUGGGGGGGAGGGCACUGUGACAGAGACUGGGCCAUGGGGCUCUCACUGUGACAGACUGGGUGAUGGAGGUUGUCACUGGGGGCGUCUGAAGUGAGUCAACCUGAAGUCAUUGUUCCAUCCUUCACAGUUCCUCUGAGUGGAACGAGGUGGACCCUUCAGAGACUGAAGAUCUGCGCCUGAAGAUGGAGGAUGGAGAGUUCUGGUGAGAGAUGUGUGAUGUUAUCCCUCACGCACCGACUGUUUCUGGCUUCCUCUGCUGACUGUGGGUUUAAUCCUGGAUUUUCUGCCUCUUCCAGGAUGUCUUUCCAAGAAUUCCUGCGCCAGUUCUCCCGGCUGGAGAUCUGUAAUCUCACGCCAGAUGCUCUCAGCAAAGAUGGACUCAGCAAGUGGCACACAACGCUGUACGAUGGAAGCUGGCGCCGAGGCAGCACGGCUGGAGGGUGCAGAAAUAACGCAGGUGAGAGGGACAUUUAGUAGUGAGACCUAAAGGACAAGCAAGUGGUCAUUGGAGAGUAUUUGAUGAUCAUGGAGAAAUCCAAUCACAUGCCAAGUUCUUCAACCAAUGUCUCUCCGCAGCCACCUUCUGGAUCAACCCUCAGUUUAAGAUCACGUUACAGGAGGAAGACGACGAUCCUGAUGACAAUGAGCUGGCCUGCAGCUUCCUUGUGGCCCUCAUGCAGAAGAACCGGAGGAGGGAACGCAAAGUGGGGGGUGACAUGCACACGAUUGGCUUUGCUGUGUAUGAGGUAGGAGAGCUAAGAUAAAUCAAGGAUUAGGGGAAAAGGACACCUUCCACCAUGGGAUCAGUAGGGUUGAUGACACCACCAAUAUGCCCACAUUAACAUGGACCUGCACACAGCGGUAGGCUAGUGGCCAGUGGAGUCUGUCUGAUAAACAGGUUAUAAAUGAGAUGUUGGGAGAUCCAGGAGAGCCGGGAAAGGGAAUAAAGGCGGGUCUACGUGAAUAUUAGAGUGCAUAUUGAUUAAUUACUUGUCAAUCAUGGUAAACACAUGGUCUGUAUCCGGUUUCAUCUGGCAGAGACUGACGUUAAAUUAAUUCAUGUAAAAGUGCUCUUAGGAAGCAAAUCCAUGUUGAUUUAUUUAAAGAGGAACGGUGAAAAUGUUGGAAAUCACCUAGAACAUGUAUAUCUAUUUUUUACAUUUGUUUUAUAUUUAUAUUAAAGAUUCAGCAAAUGACAUCACAGUCCAGUUCAGACGAGGCACAGCCAGGGCACACAAUGCUAAUGAAGAGAAGAAAUAGUAACCUUGUUUAAUUUCUCGCUCUCUCUGUACCGACUGCCAGGUGCAGAGGGAGGAGCUUAUAACAAUGAUUGGCCCGGAGCUAAGAUGGAGGCGCCCAGUUACUGGAUACAAAGAUGUGGAUUUUACAUUUAAUUUUAUUUUUCACACCUCACAAAUACACACUAAUUAUAUGUAAACCUAAUGUUUACAAUUCUGGGAAGCAUCCUAUAACAUGGAUCAGGGCAAGGCUUGUCAUUUUCUAUUGCGUUAGAGUAUCGCUAUGUAAUAAUGCAGCUUUAAGAUGGCUCCGUUGUUAUGAAAUGCAGUUUCUGUAACUGAACUGGACAGGGGAGGAGCUCAGAGUGAUGGGAGUUUUAGCCAGGCUGUGUAUGUUAAGGUUUUUAUCUAUGUGCUUGUAUCUGAAUAUCUGCUGUUCCCCGCAGGUCCCCGAUGAGGUACGGAUUUCAACUUGAAUGUGAAAUAUUGGCACAAAUGGUGGACAGGGAGGAGUCCAGAACAUCAACAAGGACAAAUGUCUCAUGUUAACUAUAAAUAUACAUAUAUAUCUAUUUUUGGCAUUAUCCGCCCAUAUUCUUCCAUAUAUUGUCCAUAAAGCUAUGUCUGUCUAUGUCUCUGUUUGUGUGUGUUCACCUGUCUCUCGGUCUGUGUCUAUCUUUUGUCUCUGUGUAACUUUUUCCAUUCCUUCAUUUCAUCUAUUUGUGAAAGUAACACAAUUAAUUAAUAAGCAGAAAUAACCGCAUUAAUUCGUUUCCAGGUCGUAAUAAUGGCCACUCUCUUAUUGAUCAUUUCUGUCAUGUACGGCGUCCUAAAUAAACCAGAGACUCACAUCUGAUAACCUGUGGCCAUUAUUACAUUAUAUUAAACCUGUUUAUUUACUAAACCGGGUAUUGUAGGCACGUGAUACCUCAAAUCUAAAUGUUCUCGCUGAGUGUCUGAUCUGGCGAUAGACCCAAGCCAGCUUGGCUACCAGCCCCGUGAUAACAUUUCUCCCUAAACAUUCUCUGUGCUCAGUUUAAAGGAUGCCAGAAUGUUCACCUGAAGAAGGAUUUCUUCCUACGACACCAGUCCUGUGCUCGCUCUGAAACCUUCAUCAACCUGCGCGAGGUGAGCAACCACAUCCGUCUGCCCCCUGGAGAAUACCUCAUCGUCCCGUCCACGUUCGAAGCCCACAAGGAAGGGGACUUUGUGCUGCGAGUCUUCACAGAGAAGCAAUCGGACGUUGAGUGAGUAACGUGGUGGAGGGGAGUGUAAAGGAACACGUCAAUAACAUGUUGUGGUGCUUCAUAUGUCCCUUUUAAUAAUAAUUAAUAUUUCAUUCAAACAUGGCCAUGAAUUUACUGCCCCCCUCCCCCAAUCCUGGGAAUGACCAUUUAUUCGUAGUGUAACCUGACGUGGGGCCGUCCUCUCCAACUCACAGAUAUUAUUGUGAUAUAUGUGUAACACAAGCAGGUCAUGCUAAUGACUUGUAAUGUUGUUUUAUUUCUUAUUUUGUAACCAUAAACUUCCUUUAUAAGCUGCCCCCCUCCCGCUCCCCAUUGCAUCGAUCAUGUGAUGUACUUUUUCAAUGUUGUGAUGGUACGGAUACUCUGCGUUUUGUCUUUACAGGGAGCUAGAUGAAGAGGUGUCUGCAGACCUGGCGGAUGAGGUACGGUACACAUUGGGGCAAUAAUGGUCUAUUUGUAUAACUUCGGCCCUAACGUCAGCCCUGAGCUCAAUUACUGGUACUGAAGACAUGGACCUGAAGAGCACCUAUCCUUUUCUGAAUAUUUUACAUUUAUUUUCACAAUUAUUUAUAAUUUUCUAAUAAUACUGUGCAGAUAUUGCACUUCUAUCCAUUCAGCUUUCUGAAAAAAAUUGAUCUAAAAGCUGAAAAAUAUUAAAAAAAAAAAAAAAUGUAAACAUUCUUACCAAGGGGCAAGAUUGGCAUUGUAAGAACUAUUCACAAAUCUGUCAAGACUGAAAGAGACAUGUAAAGGGUAUUUAAUAUUUCAGAGAAAGCUGUCAGAUGGAGAAGUGAGUGGAAUUGAGAUGUUCCGUGAAUGCAUGGAAUGGCCCCUCCACCGAGGGGGUGGAGGAGCCAGACUAACAGCCACAGUCAAUGAACCAUAUUAAAUGCAGACAGAAUGGAGGUCCUCUCCUGUGGUACUUGUGGCACAUUAUGUCCAGUAACUUAUUCUGGGUACAAAAUCCUGACAUAAAACAAGAGUAAAGAGUAAAGAGUCCGGAUAAACCAGUUUCCCAAACGAUAGCCUUCCAGUAAUAAACUGGAUGAUAUACGUCCGAUUUGGUGCAGGUUCACCGCCAUUGACUGCCUGUGUGAUAUUUCUUUUCCCAGGAGCACCUGACGGAAGAUGACGUUGAAGACUCCUUUAAGAACAUGUUCCAGCAGUUGGCAGGAGAUGUGAGUUGGCGAUUCAAUACGUCUUUUAAGUCAUCUCCACAAAUAUAGAAUUCUGACUGCAAGUGAUGAGCUACCGAUCUGAGUAAUCCCUAAUCUGAUCACAUAUCAGUUUAUUACGCCUGACGCAGGGUCUGUAUCACUAUUUAUUGGUAAUGUUGGCUUAUCUAUAUGGAGCCGACGAGGGCAGGUGUGGGGUAUAAACGCUGAUAUCAGAUGCUUUAAUGGGUUUUCCAGGAAUGUCCGUAGCUAGAAUCCAGUGUUAAUUUUGUAAAGAUUUAGUCGACUACAACUAGAAUAAAACCAUUCACAUGGCUAAAUUACAACUAAAACUAAAAUUGCUCUUUAGUCAAAAGACUGACUACAACUAAAUUUAAAUUUGCCACCAAAAUUAACACUGGCAGGUAAGACACACUGGGGAACUGGGGGAAAUGAGAGACACUGGGGGAACUGGGGGAAAUGAGAGACACUGGGGGAACUGGGGGAAAUGAGAGACACUGGGGGAAAUGAGAGACACGGGGACUGGGGAAAUGAGAGACACGGGGACUGGGGAAAUGAGAGACACGGGGGACUGGGGAAAUGAGAGACACGGGGAAAUGAGAGGGGGACUGGGGAAAUGAGACACAUGGGGACUGGGGAAAUGAGACACAUGGGGACUGGGGAAAUGAGACACAUGGGGGACUGGGGAAUUGAGACACAUGGGGGGACUGGGGGAAUUGAGACACACGAGGGGACUGGGGGAAUUGAGACACACUGGGGAAUUGAGGGGGACUGGGGGGACUGGGGGAAUUGAGACACACUGGGGGAAUUGAGACACACUGGGGGGACUGGGGGAAUUGAGACACACUGGGGGAAUUGAGACACACUGGGGACUGGGUUGUGUGGGAGAUGAGAUGCAUAGAGGGGCUGGGUUGGGGGAGAAAGAGACAAGGUACUGGAGGGAAGAGACACAGAGGAGCUGUGGAAGGAGCAAAAGAAACAGAGGCUUUAAUUAAACCCAUUAGAUUUUAGUCGGGUCGAUUUAAUCAACUGAAACUAAAAUAUGACUAAAACUAAAAGACUGAAUAAAGCUAAAUUGAAAUUUGCCACCAAAAUUAACUUUGUUAGAAUCCGUGUCAUGAGCCAUGCAAACAAGAUGUGUUGACAGAACCCUGCUUUAUGGUACGUGGUUGUGCCUGUGACAAGUAUUAACUCAUAGCGUUCUGUGCCUUUCCAGGAUAUGGAGAUCAGUGUCUUCGAACUGAAGACCAUCCUCAACAGAGUGGUGAGCAGACGUAAGUAUAUAUGUUGCCCCACAAAUUUGAAGGGACAAACUGGACCAAUUCUCCCAACUCAAGGCUAUAUUUAGGAAUUCUGAUCACACCACCACAUGGAGGCCAUCCACUUACAUGCAUCUCUCUGCAGUACACAGAGAAAGACUGGGGAGAGAUCUGUGCCACACAUCCCACACACAGCAUGACUGUGUGUGGGGGAUACGUAUCACAGAUCUCACCACGGUCAUGCUGUGUAUCCCCGUGGCACUGUGUGUGUGGGGAAUACGUAUUACCGAUCUCACCACGAAAUGCCAAGGGGAUACAGAGCAAGACCGGGGUGAUAUCUGUGCCACACAUCCCACCCACAUAGUGCCACGGGGGCUUAGAACAUGGUGUGGGUUGUGGAAUGUACAGAUCUCAGAUUCCAACAUUGUAACAUUAAGUUAGGCAGAGAAUCCCACAAGUUAUUCCAAAUUAAAAUGGGAAAGACAGACCUGAGAGAGGACUUUAUGGAUAAAACCAUUUACGAUCUGUUAAAUGGACAGCGAGAGAUGUUAAAAUACCCGCAUAUGUCUCACAUUGGAUAUUCUUGUCCCAUUUUCCUCAGAUAAAGAUCUGAAAACAGAUGGUUUCAGCAUGGAGUCAUGCCGCCAAAUGGUCAACUUAAUGGAUGUAUCCUUUCUGGGGUGCUGGCUGGCAGACGCAGGGGGGCGGUAGAGGGCAGCAUUCAACACUGGUGGAAGGGGGCAAUGUCCAUAAGAAGAGGGGGGGCAGUGAAGAUUGGAUGUGGGGGGCAAUAUCAGUAAGACGGGGCAGUGAAUGGAUGCGGGGGGCAAUGUCAGUAAGAAGAGGGGACAGUGAAGAUAGGAUGCAGGGGGGGCAAUGUCGGUAAGAAAAGGGGGGCAGUGAAUGGAUGCUGGGGGGCAAUGUCAGUAAGAAGGGGGGCAGUGAAUGGAUGCGGGGGGCACUGUCAGUAAUAGGGGGGCAGUGAAGAUUGCUGGAGAGGAUGCGGAGGGUGUGUGCAUGCAAUAUGUGCUGUACCCUGGCACUCAGUGAUAUAAUGCCAUGGGUGUUCUAUUUAUUAAGGGGAGCUGUUUUAAAGGCUCAGCCUUUGGUUGCAGCCAUUCGGAACAGAGCGAGUCAGUCUUGCUUCCACACAAUACUGGACUAAAACCGGGAUAUGUUCCAAACCCCCGCAUCCUGUCACCCAGAGUAUUCCACGCUGGUUAGCCAGAACAUGUCGUCCUCUCGGCACAGUCGGUGUUUUGGCGGAUGUUGGUUAGAUCCUUAAUUCGCCCUCACAGAGAGAUGGCAGUGGCAAACUAGGAGUGGUGGAAUUUCAGAUCCUGUGGAAUAAAAUCCGCAGCUGGCUGGUGAGUGACGCAGUGGGAAGAGCUCAGAAUAAACACAAAACUCAAUGCAGUAGUUUGGGAUUGUUGGGGGAGAAGAUGUGAUACUUCAAAAUAAAAUCCCUUUUGCCAUUUGUGUCCCAAAAAAUGAAUUCUUUAGACUUUGUGCGUAGCUGUAAAUCCCUCUCGGAGACUCCUGUAUGUGAACUUGUUGGCACUGACUGACAGAUGGCCUAUGUCGCGGCUCCUGCAGUGUUUUGAUCAAUCACCUGUUCAAAUAAACGCCCUGCAGUCAGCAACGUUGCAUUACCUAUGGUGGUUACGAUAAAAUCCUGGACCUAUCGAUGUCCGAACAGUCACAGGUUAUCACUGGAACCCCACCCCACCCAUUAAUGUUUAUUAAAGGAAUUCAUUUGUAACGGCCGUAUCAACACGCUGUAUUCUGGUUUUAUCCUACAUUGAUGCCCUGGAUCAGAUUAUUAACUCUUCCAAUAUGUAGUGUUACAUGGGAGUCCGUCUCUGCCAGGAAAAUCAAGAGUUAAACACAGUAAAGGAGGAGACCAUAUUUAAAAGAAGAAAAACUAACACAACAAGAGGACAUAGUCUUAAAUGAGAGGGACAAAGGAUUAAAAAUAAUAUCAGGAAGUAUUACUUUACUGAGAGGGUAGUGGAUGCAUGGAAUAGCCUUCCAGCUGAAGUGGUAGAGGUUAACACAGUAAAGGAGUUUAAGCAUGCAUGGGAUAGGCAUAAGGCUAUCCUAACUAUUAGAUAAGGCCAGGGACUAAUGAAAGUAUUUAGAAAAUUGGGCAGACUAGAUGGGCUGAAUGAUUCUUAUCUGCCGUCACAUUCUAUGAUUCUAUAAGUAACCAUUGGCAGAGCGGAGGUGUUCUGCAGGCAAUCAAUCUAUUAAAGACGGAGUAAUGUGUAUCGUGAAACCAAGUGCUCUGAGUGGCUGGUGGAACUUACUAAUUGCUGCAGAGAGAAUCCUCGGCAUGGACAGUGGUGAUUGUGCUUAGACUCAUCAAAUCAGCAGCUAAAUUACUGAUUUAAACCAAUUAGCAGCUUUAAAGUGAUUCAUUAUGAUGGGUUGUUGGGGUUAAAUGAAAAAUUCUGAGUUUGAUACUAAAACAUUAAUCUUGAGAUUUUAGAUUAACCCCUUAAGGACACAUGACGGAAAUAUUCCGUCAUGAUUCCCUUUUAUUCCAGAAGUUGUGUCCUUAAGGGGUUAAAAAAUGUUUCCUUGACUCCAUGAAACCUGGAUGAAUAUUUAUGUCCAGUCAAGACGUUAUUGCGGGUAGCACUAAUUAAACGGAGUCAUUUGGAGAACGCUCAGACCUGAUGCUAUCUAUUGGAAGCGCUGACCCAUUAUUGUAUUCUAUGGCAGUUUGUCUCCCUGUUUAGUCUGCAGCAUUCAAUACAUUUUGUUCACUGUUCUUGGAGGCUCUGUAAAGGAAUUUUCCGCAAAUGUCCGUCUGUUCUGUAUAUAACUCUCUAUCCUCCAUACAGACAAUCUUCCGGCAACAAGACAUGGAUAAAUCCGGGACAAUGAGUUCAUACGAGCUGCGUCUCGCUCUGGAAAGUGCAGGUGAAUGAAUGAUAUUUAAUCUGUGAAAAUGGCUUCUUUCACUACACUCUCACCCUUGCACUCUCCUGACUGUCUCCCAAUGCUGCUGACACACUCUCCUGACUCUCUCCCAAUGCUGCUGACACACUCUCCUGACUCUCUCCCAAUGCUGCUGACACACUCUCCUGACUCUCUCCCAAUGCUGCCAACACACUCUCCUGACUCUCUCCCAAUGCUGCCGACACACUCUCCUGACUCUCUCCCAAUGCUGCCGACAUGUUCUCUCCUGACUAUCUCCCACGGCUGCCGACACACUCUCCUGACUGUCUCCCUUGGCUGCCGACACACUCUCCUGACUUUCUCCCAUGGCUGCUGGCAUGAUCUCUCCCGACUCUCUCCCACGGCUGCCGGCACACUCUCCUGACUCUCUCCCAUGGCUGCCGGCAUGCUCUCUCCCAUGGCUGCCGGCACGCUCUCCUGACUCUCUCCCACGGCUGCCGGCACGCUCUCCUGACUCUCUCCCAUGGCUGUCGGUGUAGCGGAGUGCUUGUCCUGGCCAAGACUCUUCCUCUGCUGGAUCCGUGAAUACAGGAACUCUGGAACAAGGCGCUGAAAUGUGAAUAGCUAGCUCUAUCCAGCCCUAGUAACUGGACGACACACAGUUCUGGGAGAACAACUGAUUGAUUCAGCUCUGACACAGCCUUUUAUGCAUAGAGGCCCCAGCAUGGGGUCUCUAUUCAAAAUAUGCACAAGCCCCUCCUAUGCGCCCCUGUGUCUGGGAGACAAUUGAGUCUAUACGGAGUAACUCAAUUAUCUCUCAGUUACAAGAAACUACAGGAAACAAACAUACAUAAAACACCCCAGAAACAUAUUCAUAAUUCACAGGAACCCCACAAGUUUUAGAUCCCCGAAUAGCCAAGAUCUGAGCGCCCAAGUUGUCCAAAUAGUGCUCAGAUCCAUUUGGUAGAAUGGAAUCACCAUUGUUGCGGACCGCCUGGUACCCUGACUGGGUACCUCCACCAAACACACUCUUCCUAGUGAUCACCGAGCUACCAUAAGCACUUCCAGCCCCUAGCCGCCGCAUCUUGGAUGGGGUCUCGCCCACUCUGGACCCAAGCCCUUGAUCCAGCACCCGGUGGGUAGAUCUCUCCUACAGAGAGUAUAACAGGUAGAGGAAGUAUAGCUGUUCCCCCCCCACCCUUCCCCCCCCUCACCGCACACAUGAGGCGAGACUUAGUGCUGGUAGUAGUUCUGUUUGAUGCAGGCAAAUACUCACAACUUAUACACACAUUAAACCACCAACAGCCUCAUUUACAUACAAUUGGAUGCAUAGAGCACUAUAGUACAAGGAAGGGUGGGGUCAGACAAUAGCAAGGGCUGAUGGCAGAUUGAGGAGGGACAGGGCAGCUAGUCUAAACUGAUCUGGCAGUGUCCCUGGGACAACGCCCUGCUGGAGAAACAAUAGGACAGGAAACAGGGGGAGGGGGAGAGGCACAGACAAGCAAUACACUCAACAUACUCCUCCUCAGUGUCUGAGCGAUAAUUGAGUCAGGAACUGUACAAACUCAAUUAUCUCCAGGCACAGAAAAACACACUUUCACAACACCCCAAAAGUACCCCCAAAAUCCAUGGAAACCCUUCAAGAGUCACAUCCCGGAUAGCCCUGAUCUGAGUGACCAUCAUAUCCAAAAAUCACUCUGAUCGGUUCAGUGGUUCGGAUUUUCCAUGGCCUUUUGGGCAGGAGGCUAGCCAGACGGCCCCUCCAGGAACACGUGGCAGAGGCAUCUGGUUAAGUUCUGACCAGCUGGCCACGAGGUGAUGUCCCAAAACAGUUCAAGAAAAACUAGGGCAACAGCCGGUCAACUUUCGGGGGUUCCUGUGCAAAAACCUUCAAAUGCUCCCCCUGGCUUUUAGGGUACAAAUGCUUCCCCCAGUCAGUUUCUAUCUCCCGAAUGUCGUCCGUCUUGCUGUUCGGGAAGUGGGACGGGCAGCAGUACAAUCCUUUGCCUGGGUUCAUGAGAUCGCAUGGCCUUAAAUAGUUCCAGAUGUUCGACUGCGUACCGCUGCCUGUGUUCUGGAGACAAUAUGGCCACCAUUCACUGGAGCACAUGUGUUUGGUUUUAUGAAUGGAGGCCACCCAGGCCUUAGAGUUGAUUACUUAAUUGCAACAACAUUAGAGUCGAUUUCUUAAUUGCGGUUAACAGCCAGAGGGGGUCGGUGUUUGGGGAGGUAUAAAAGGGGGACCACACCAUCCAUUCGAGAAAAGAACAAGGGGGUACAAACAAACAAUCGAACGGAAAGGGAAUGAGUCUGCUACAGUCGGCACGCUCUCCUGACUCUCUCCCACAGUUGCCGGCACUCUCACCCAUGGCUACCUUUCUAAUCCUACCCUUUUUGUUCUCUCCCCAGGAUUCAAGCUAAACAAUAAGUUGAUGCAGGUUCUGGUGGCUCGAUACGCCGAUAAUGAUUUGGGAGUCGAUUUUGAUAACUUUGUUUGCUGUUUGGUGAAACUUGAAGCAAUGUUCAGUGAGUACCUGAUUAUAUUAUUAUUACAAAAAGAAAAAUACAAUAUCCACAUUCAAGACAAAACAAACCGCCUAUAAAUGCUGAUAUAGUCUGGAUAAUGUGAAAAGCUUCACACAAUGCUGAUCUGACUUAGAACCAAAAGUAUAAGAGUCAGAGUAAUUGCUAAAGCAAAGCUGCCUUUCUCUGGCUGUAAAAUAACUCCAUUAGGAUUCCUACAAUAAAGGCUUUAUUGUGAAUUGGCCAAGUUAUGGGACAUCCCAAGGGUUAAUGGAGUCCAGUUUGCAAAGUAAAGGGAGAUAGUCCGUUUCAAUACUAAAUGUUCACUGUGAUAUGUGAACAUAGAUUGAAGCAAGGCUGAUAUACAUCAAAGAUAGUGGUUAUUUGCCAUUGGGCAUAUACCACAUAAUAGGAUCUUAGUUUAGUAAUGUGUAAAGCAGCAAUAAUAGUAUCUUAGUUUAGUAAUGUCUAAAGCAGUAAUAAUAGUAUCUUAGUUUAGUAAUGUGUAAAGCAGCAAUAAUAGUAUCUUAGUUUAGUAAUGUGUAAAGCAGUAAUAAUAGUAUCUUAGUUUAGUAAUGUCUAAAGCAGUAAUAAUAGUAUCUUAGUUUAGUAAUGUGUAAAGCAGCAAUAAUAGUAUCUUAGUUUAGUAAUGUGUAAUAAUAGUAUCUUAGUUUAGUAAUGUGUAAAGCAGUAAUAAUAGUAUCUUAGUUUAGUAAUGUCUAAAGCAGUAAUAAUAGUAUCUUAGUUUAGUAAUGUCUAAAGCAGUAAUAAUAGUAUCUUAGUUUAGUAAUGUGUAAAGCAGUAAUAAUAGUAUCUUAGUUUAGUAAUGUGUAAAGCAGUAAUAAUAGUAUCUUAGUUUAGUAAUGUGUAAAGCAGCAAUAAUAGUAUCUUAGUUUAGUAAUGUCUAAAGCAGUAAUAAUAGUAUCUUAGUUUAGUAAUGUGUAAAGCAGUAAUAAUAGUAUCUUAGUUUAGUAAUGUCUAAAGCAGUAAUAAUAGUAUCUUAGUUUAGUAAUGUGUAAAGCAGUAAUAAUAGUAUCUUAGUUUAGUAAUGUCUAAAGCAGUAAUAAUAGUAUCUUAGUUUAGUAAUGUGUAAAGCAGCAAUAAUAGUAUCUUAGUUUAGUAAUGUCUAAAGCAGUAAUAAUAGUAUCUUAGUUUAGUAAUGUCUAAAGCAGUAAUAAUAGUAUCUUAGUUUAGUAAUGUCUAAAGCAGUAAUAAUAGUAUCUUAGUUUAGUAAUGUGUAAAGCAGCAAUAAUAGUAUCUUAGUUUAGUAAUGUGUAAAGCGGUAAUAAUAGUAUCUCUUAGUUUAGUAAUGUCUAAAGCAGUAAUAAUAGUAUCUUAGUUUAGUAAUGUAAAGCAGCAAUAAUAGUAUCUUAGUUUAGUAAUGUGUAAAGCAGUAAUAGUAUCUUAGUUUAGUAAAGCGGUAAUAAUAGUAUCUUAGUUUAGUAAUGUGUAAAGCAGUAAUAAUAGUAUCUUAGUUUAGUAAUGUCUAAAGCAGUAAUAAUAGUAUCUUAGUUUAGUAAUGUGUAAAGCAGCAAUAAUAGUAUCUUAGUUUAGUAAUGUGUAAAGCAGUAAUAAUAGUAUCUUAGUUUAGUAAUGUCUAAAGCAGUAAUAAUAGUAUCUUAGUUUAGUAAUGUGUAAAGCAGCAAUAAUAGUAUCUUAGUUUAGUAAUGUGUAAAGCAGUAAUAAUAGGAUCUUAGUUUAGUAAUGUCUAAAGCAGCAAUAAUAGGAUCUUAGUUUAGUAAUGUCUAAAGCAGCAAUAAUAGUAUCUUAGUUUAGUAAUGUGUAAAGCAGUAAUAAUAGUAUCUUAGUUUAGUAAUGUGUAAAGCAGCAAUAAUAGUAUCUUAGUUUAGUAAUGUGUAAAGCAGUAAUAAUAGUAUCUUAGUUUAGUAAUGUGUAAAGCAGCAAUAAUAGUAUCUUAGUUUAGUAAUGUCUAAAGCAGUAAUAAUAGUAUCUUAGUUUAGUAAUGUGUAAAGCAGCAAUAAUAGUAUCUUAGUUUAGUAAUGUGUAAAGCAGCAAUAAUAGUAUCUUAGUUUAGUAAUGUGUAAAGCAGCAAUAAUAGUAUCUUAGUUUAGUAAUGUCUAAAGCAGUAAUAAUAGUAUCUUAGUUUAGUAAUGUGUAAAGCAGUAAUAAUAGUAUCUUAGUUUAGUAAUGUGUAAAGCAGCAAUAAUAGUAUCUUAGUUUAGUAAUGUCUAAAGCAGUAAUAAUAGUAUCUUAGUUUAGUAAUGUGUAAAGCAGUAAUAAUAGUAUCUUAGUUUAGUAAUGUCUAAAGCAGCACUUUUAGUUAAAGAAAAUGCAGCAUAGAUAAGAUACAGCCUCUCUCCCUGUUAAGCUUACUAGACAGUCAGAGAUUAGAAAAAGGAAAAGAAAGGAUAAGUGCUAUUAAAAUGAUACCAAGUUAAAUAUGCAUGGUACACCAAAGUGACCCUGUGAGAUAAGAAAAUAGCCCGACGCACGUUUCGAUGUACUGUGUGUACACCUUUGUCAGGGGGAAGAGAUACACGGACUCUGCAUCAACUUUUAAACUUUUAGCCCCACAUGGGGUCCUUAACUGGCAGCCAAUCCAAUGGUGCCGUUUUAAUUGUAAUUAAGCAAUUGCAGAUUGUUUAAUUUUGUUAUGGACCAGCCAAUUGGUAAUUUUAGUACUGAUCUUGACGAUUUUAUAUGAAUUGGUUUAGCAGUUAUUCUGGGAUCACUGUUUCACGCCUUGUUGUAAGGAGCACAUGUUAAAUCUAAUAUCAAUGAGUCGUGUGAAAUACGUUUUCACUAUGAAUAUAUAUUAUGGUGGCAAUCUCUAUGAUAAAUGGAUUAUUGCUUAGGCAAGAAAUACAGAUUUGAUACAUUCUGAUUUCAUCAGUAUCGAUUUCAUUCCUAAUUAAUUACCUGCUGUCAUAUGAACGACUUCCUAUACUGUUCAUAGUGUACCAUGUUUUUGUCUAUACGUGCAUGGAUCAAGAGAUCCCAAAAUGAACCUUUUUGAUAUUCUCCACCUUGGAGAUGUGCUUAGAAGUAUACUUCUAGUGAGAGAUGACUAUCCAAGGGGCUGAAAAGAAUUACCCAUGGCACUGCCAGUAUGUGGUGCCGUUAUGUGGCCUGUAAUAAGUCAUUCGGCGUUAUAUUUACAAUGAUCUUUGGACUCUAUGAUGAAAUAAAGUUAUACAAUCAUUGAUUAAUAGAUAUCGAUAUACCAAGUAUUCAGGUUCUGUAAGUUAAGCCACUCCAGAUCACCUAACAGUGCCCCCUAUAUAGAGGGGUAAUAGGACCAUUCAUGUGCAUUUAGUUAUGUCAUGAUGUUAUGUACUAUAGUUGGAAUUAGUGUAUACAUAGCCUGACGCCAGGAGAUCGACAGAACUUAAAUCUAAGAAGCUGUUCCAUAACAAAAUUAAACAAUCUGCAAUUGCUUAAUUACAAUUAAAACGGCACCAUUGGAUUGGCUGCCAGUUAAGGACCUCAUGUGGGGCUGAAGGUUUAAAAGUUGAUGCAGAGUAUCUCUUCCCCCUGACGAAGGUGUAAACGCAGUUCAUCAAAACGUGCGUCGGGCUAUUUUCUUAUCUCACAGGGUCACUUUGGUGUACUAUACCAUGCAUAUUUAACUUGGUAUAAUUUUAAUAGCACUUAACCUUUCUUUUCCUUUUUCUAAUCUCUGACUGUCUGUUAAGCUUAACAGGGAGAGAGGCUGUAUCUUAUCUAUGCUGCAUUUUCUUUAACUAAAAGUGCUGCUUUAGACAUUACUAAACUAAGAUACUAUUAUUACUGCUUUAGACAUUACUAAACUAAGAUACUAUUAUUACUGCUUUACACAUUACUAAACUAAGAUACUAUUAUUGCUGCUUUAGACAUUACUAAACUAAGAUACUAUUAUUACUGCUUUACACAUUACUAAACUAAGAUACUAUUAUUACUGCUUUAGACAUUACUAAACUAAGAUACUAUUAUUGCCGCUUUACACAUUACUAAACUAAGAUACUAUUAUUGCUGCUUUACACAUUACUAAACUAAGAUACUAUUAUUACUGCUUUAGACAUUACUAAACUAAGAUACUAUUAUUACUGCUUUACACAUUACUAAACUAAGAUACUAUUAUUGCUGCUUUAGACAUUACUAAACUAAGAUACUAUUAUUACUGCUUUAGACAUUACUAAACUAAGAUACUAUUAUUACUGCUUUACACAUUACUAAACUAAGAUACUGUUAUUGCUGCUUUAGACAUUACUAAACUAAGAUACUAUUAUUGCUGCUUUACACAUUACUAAACUAAGAUACUAUUAUUACCGCUUUACACAUUACUAAACUAAGAUACUAUUAUUGCUGCUUUAGACAUUACUAAACUAAGAUACUAUUAUUACUGCUUUACACAUUACUAAACUAAGAUACUAUUAUUACUGCUUUAGACAUUACUAAACUAAGAUACUAUUAUUACUGCUUUACACAUUACUAAACUAAGAUACUAUUAUUGCUGCUUUAGACAUUACUAAACUAAGAUACUAUUAUUACUGCUUUACACAUUACUAAACUAAGAUACUGUUAUUGCUGCUUUAGACAUUACUAAACUAAGAUACUAUUAUUGCUGCUUUAGACAUUACUAAACUAAGAUACUAUUAUUGCUGCUUUAGACAUUACUAAACUAAGAUACUAUUAUUACUGCUUUAGACAUUACUAAACUAAGAUACUAUUAUUGCUGCUUUAGACAUUACUAAACUAAGAUACUAUUAUUGCUGCUUUAGACAUUACUAAACUAAGAUACUAUUAUUACUGCUUUACACAUUACUAAACUAAGAUACUAUUAUUGCUGCUUUACACAUUACUAAACUAAGAUACUAUUAUUACUGCUUUACACAUUACUAAACUAAGAUACUAUUAUUACUGCUUUAGACAUUACUAAACUAAGAUACUAUUAUUACUGCUUUCACAUUACUAAACUAAGAUACUAUUAUUGCUGCUUUACACAUUACUAAACUAAGAUACUAUUAUUGCUGCUUUACACAUUACUAAACUAAGAUACUAUUAUUACUGCUUUACACAUUACUAAACUAAGAUACUAUUAUUACUGCUUUAGACAUUACUAAACUAAGAUACUAUUAUUGCUGCUUUACACAUUACUAAACUAAGAUACUAUUAUUACUGCUUUAGACAUUACUAAACUAAGAUACUAUUAUUACUGCUUUACACAUUACUAAACUAAGAUACUAUUAUUACUGCUUUAGACAUUACUAAACUAAGAUACUAUUAUUACUGCUUUACACAUUACUAAACUAAGAUACUAUUAUUACUGCUUUAGACAUUACUAAACUAAGAUACUAUUAUUGCUGCUUUACACAUUACUAAACUAAGAUACUAUUAUUACUGCUUUACACAUUACUAAACUAAGAUACUAUUAUUACUGCUUUACACAUUACUAAACUAAGAUACUAUUAUUACUGCUUUAGACAUUACUAAACUAAGAUACUAUUAUUACUGCUUUAGACAUUACUAAACUAAGAUACUAUUAUUGCUGCUUUACACAUUACUAAACUAAGAUACUAUUAUUGCUGCUUUAGACAUUACUAAACUAAGAUACUAUUAUUGCUGCUUUAGACAUUACUAAACUAAGAUACUAUUAUUACUGCUUUAGACAUUACUAAACUAAGAUACUAUUAUUACUGCUUUAGACAUUACUAAACUAAGAUACUAUUAUUGCUGCUUUACACAUUACUAAACUAAGAUACUAUUAUUACUGCUUUAGACAUUACUAAACUAAGAUACUAUUAUUGCUGCUUUACACAUUACUAAACUAAGAUACUAUUAUGUGGUAUAUGCCCAAUGGCAAAUAUCCACUAUCUUUGAUGUAUAUCAGCCUUGCUUCAAUCUAUGUUCACAUAUCACAGUGAACAUUUAGCAUUGAAACGGACUAUCUCCCUUUACUUUGCAAACUGGACUCCAUUAACCCUUGGGAUGUCCCAUAACUUGGCCAAUUCACAAUAAAGCCUUUAUUGUAGGAAUCCUAAUGGAGUUAUUUUACAGCCAGAGAAAGGCAGCUUUGCUUUAGCAAUUACUCUGACUCUUAUACUUUUGGUUCUAAGUCAGAUCAGCAUUGUGUGAAGCUUUUCACAUUAUCCAGACUAUAUCAGCAUUUAUAGGCGGUUUGUUUUGUCUUGAAUGUGGAUAUUGUAUUUUUCUUUUUGUGAAUUACCAGGGGGAUAAGCCACAGACACCACUGGAGUGUCAUUUUGGUGACCAUAAUAAAGUUGAGAGGAUCUGCAGUCGCAGACUAUCCCAGCUUUUAUAUUUCUCUUCAUUUAUAUUAUUAGUAUUUGUAAAGUACUAGAAAGUUCCGUAGCGCUGUGCAAUAGGUGGGCUAACAGACAUUGUUGGACGCACAGGAACAGACCGUAUUGAGUGUCCUGCUCAAACCAGCUUGCAUUCUACAGGGAGUGGGGUAAAGUGACGUAAGAGGGUGUAUCUCAUGUACGGGAAACGUAGGUUACUGUAAUAAUUUACAGUGAAGGGGUAGUUUAUUGGAUGACAUAGUUGAGGGGGUAACAAAUUAUACAGCCUAUAGUAUGCACUCUGUCCUUAUAUACAGCUCAUAGCGCCCACUCUUUCCUUAUAUACAGUUCACACUGUGCAUUCUGGCCUGUAUAUGCUGUGCCGACUGUCCACAAGCAGGAUCAUAUAAGGAAUAAUAUCACUGUUCCCCCUCCCCCUUACUCCCUGCUUUCUUUUCACAGGAUUCUUUAAGGCUAUGGAUGAGGAAGGGAGCGGCACAGCAGCAAUGAAUCUUGGAGAGGUAAGUGUAUUUCCUACAGCUCACCAAGAUAAAGGGGUGAUUCUCUUUUGGGGCUUGCUCUCCGCUCUUGGGUCGGGGCUUGCUCUCCGCUCUUGGGUCGGGGCUUGCUCUCCGCUCUUGGGUCGGGGCUUGCUCUCCGCUCUUGGGUCGGGGCUUGCUCACCGCUCUUGGGUCGGGGCUUGCUCUCCGCUCUUGGGUCGGGGCUUGCUCUCCGCUCUUGGGUCGGGGCUUGCUCUCCGCUCUUGGGUCGGGGCUUGCUCUCCGCUCUUGGGUCGGGGCUUGCUCUCCGCUCUUGGGUCGGGGCUUGCUCUCCGCUCUUGGGUCGGGGCUUGCUGUCCGCUCUUGGGUCGGGGCUUGCUCUCCGCUCUUGGGUGAGGGGCUUGCUCUCUUUCAGCUCUUGGGUGGGGCUUUGCUCUCGCUCGCUUGGGUCGGGGCUUGCUCUCGGCUCUUGGGUGCAGGGGCUUGCUGCUACUCCAGCCUCUUGGGUGAGCUUGCUCUCGCUCUUGGGUCGGGGCUUGCUCUCGCUCUUGGGUCGAGGGGCUUGCUGCGGCUCUUGGGUGGGGGCUUGCUCUCGGCUCUUGAGGUGGGGUUGCUCUCAAGCUCUUGGGUGGGGCUUGCUCCAUGGCUCUUGGGUGGGGGCUUGCUCGGCUCUUGGGUGGGGGCUUGCUCUCGGCUCUUGGGUCGGGGCUUGCUCUCCGGCUCUUGGGUCGGGGCUUGCUCUCCGCUCUUGGGUCGGGGCUUGCUCUCCGCUCUUGGGUCGGGGCUUGCUCUCCGCUCUUGGGUCGGGGCUUGCUCUCCGCUCUUGGGUCGGGGCUUGCUCUCCGCUCUUGGGUCGGGGCUUGCUCUCCGCUCUUGGGUCGGGGCUUGCUCUCCGCUCUUGGGUCGGGGCUUGCUCUCCGCUCUUGGGUCGGGGCUUGCUCUCCGCUCUUGGGUCGGGGCUUGCUCUCUGCUCUUGGGUCGGGGCUUGCUCUCCGCUCUUGGGUCGGGGCUUGCUCUCCGCUCCUGGGUUGAAAACUUGCUAACCUACAGAAGUACAAGUUCCAUGAUGCUUUGCCAAUAAUAGGCUGGGGACCUGUUUUGCCAAUUGCAAAUCAGUGAAAAGGAGAAGCAUGGGGUCAGAUUAUGUUUAUAGACUGUAAUUUAAUAAUAUAUCUAUAUAUUCAUUAAUACAAUCUGACUGCUAUUUUGCUUUGUUUAUUGUACAUAUUGGAGAGGUUAGGGAUGAGCAGGACUGCAGUGAUAUUUAGCCCAGAAGACAUGGCGGAUGUGGGGAUUUAUCUUCUGACCACUCAUGUCUUGAUCCAACAUUUUAUCUGAUGUUUGCUUUUCUCUUCCAGUGGUUGACGAUGACAAUGUGUGGAUAA